AUGCCCUUUUACUCCGAGAAUCUGCCCAUUCACCCUGAGAAUCUGGUCAUUCACCAUGAGAAUCUAUCCAUUCACCCUGAGAAUCUGCCCAUUCACCCAAAGAAUCUGCCCAUUCACCCCGAGAAUCUGUCCAUUCAGCCCAAGAAUCUGCCCAUUCACGCGAGAAUCUGCCCAUUCGCCAUGAGAAUCUAUCCAUUCACCCCGAGAAUCUGGUCAUUCACCAUGAGAAUCUAUCUAUUCACCCUAAGAAUCUGCCCAUUCACCCAGAGAAUCUGCCCAUUCACCCCGAGAAUCUGGUCAUUCACCAUGAGAUUGGGGUAAAAGCCCUAACAGUGAAGAUGAUUCAGUAGGAACCUGCCUGGAAUUAAAGCAUUAUUAAGCAUUUUAUUCAGUCAUGAUAAACCACCAGCCAUCCCAUGGGUGUCAUUGGGCUAGGAGAUUUAGAUUUUGGCUCAGAGAGCGGUUUAUGGGUGGCAUUGGGCUAGGAGAUUUAGUCUUUGGCUCAGAGAGCGGUCCAUGGGUGGCAUUGGGCUAGGAGAUUUAGUUUUUGGCUCAGAGAGCUGUCCAUGGGUGGCAUUGGGCUAGGAGAUUUGGUUUUUGGCUCAGAGAGCUGUCCAUGGGUGGCAUUGGGCUAGGAGAUUUGUUUUUUGGCUCAGAGAGCGGUCCAUGGGUGGCAUUGGGCUAGGAGAUUUAGAUUUUGGCUCAGAGAGCUGUCCAUGGGUGGCAUUGGCUCAGAGAGCGGUCCAUGGGUGGCAUUGGGCUAGGAGAUUUAGAUUUUGGCUCAGAGAGCUGUCUAUGGGUGGCAUUGGCUCAGAGAGCUGUCCAUGGGUGGCAUUGGGCUAGGAGAUUUAGUUUUUGGCUCAGAGAGCUGUCCAUGGGUAGCAUUGGGCUAGGAGAUUUGGUUUUUGGCUCAGAGAGCUGUCCAUGGGUGGCAUUGGGCUAGGAGAUUUGGUUUUUGGCUCAGAGAGCUGUCCAUGGGUAGCAUUGGGCUAGGAGAUUUGGUUUUUGGCUCAGAGAGCUGUCCAUGGGUGGCAUUGGGCUAGGAGAUUUGGUUUUUGGCUCAGAGAGCUGUCCAUGGGUGGCAUUGGGCUAGGAGAUUUGGUUUUUGGCUCAGAGAGCUGUCCAUGGGUGGCAUUGGGCUAGGAGAUUUGUUUUUUGGCUCAGAGAGCGGUCCAUGGGUGGCAUUGGGCUAGGAGAUUUAGAUUUUGGCUCAGAGAGCUGUCCAUGUGGCAUUGGGCUAGGAGAUUUAGUUUUUGGCUCAGAGAGCUGUCCAUGGGUAGCAUUGGGCUAGGAGAUUGAGUUUUUGGCUCAGAGAGCUGUCCAUCGGUGGCAUUGGGCUAGGAGAUUUGGUUUUUGGCUCAGAGAGCUGUCCAUGGGUGGCAUUGGGCUAGGAGAUUUGGUUUUUGGCUCAGAGAGCUGUCCAUGGGUGGCAUUGGGCUAGGAGAUUUGGUUUUUGGCUCAGAGAGCUGUCUUACUGGGAUUUUUGUGGUGUCACAGAGGGUUAUAUGGAAUAUUAAAGCCUGUUUGCUGUGAAGGAGCUGCUGCAGGACCUCUCUGGGUGCCUUAUUACUGUGCAUUGUGUAGGUCUGAUGGGAAAGAGGUGUUGCAGCAGCUGAGGUCAUCGCAUUAUUCCGUCUUCUUUGAUAAAUACCUCCCUUCUCCUCUCCUUUCAGUUCAGCUUGGCGAGGGAAGGGUUAAACGAGGGCGUGGCUUAGCUAGACUGGGCGGAGCCUGAGACCCAGAGAGCUGGCUGCAGAGGAUGAAUGAUGUUCCUUGUUUGCAUUGAGGAGCUGCAGAGAAUGGAAGCCAUGAGCCCCCCCACCCUUAGCCCUCCACUCUGAGACCACCCUAACCCUGAGACAGACCCCCAUCCAGACCACCCCCACCCUGAGACCACUCUGAGACCACCCCAACCCUGAGACAGCCACCUGAGCCCACCAUCCAGACCACCCCCACCCUGAGCCCUCUACUCUGAGACCCCCACCCUGAGCCCUCUACUCUGAGACCCCCACCCUGGGCCCUCACUCUGAGACAGCCACCUGAGCCCCCCAUCCAGACCACCCCCACCCUGAGCCCUCUACUCUGAGACCCCCACCCUGAGCCCUCUACUCUGAGACCCCCACCCUGAGCCCUCCACUCUGAGACAGCCACCUGAGCCCUCUACUCUGAGACCCCCACCCUGAGACAGACCCCCACCCUGUGCCCUCUACUCUGAGACCUCCACCCUGUGCCCUCUACUCUGAGACCCCCACCCUGAGACAGACCCCCACCUUGAGCCCCCAUCAGACCCCCACCCUGAGGCCCUCCCACUCUGAUACAGACACCUGAGCCCCCCAUCCAGACCACCCCAACCCUGGGACAGACCCCCACCUGAGCCCCUCACCCUGGGCCCUCACUCUGAGACAGACCCCCCUCCUGAGACAGAAACACACCUUGAGCCCCCAUGGCUACCCCCACCCUGAGCCCUCCACUCUGGACAGCCACCUGAGCCCCCUACCCUACACAGCCUUCCAUGCUCAGCCCCCAUCCUCAGACAGACCCCCACCCUGUUCCCCCACCCUGCAUACCAUGAUCCCCCACCCGGAGACAGACCCCCACCCUGAGCCCCCUACCCUUACACAGCCUUCCAUCCUCAGCCAUCCAUCCUGAUCCAGCCCCCCAUCCUGAUCCCCCCACCUGAGCCAGCCCUCCAUCUUGAGCCCCUCCACCUUGAGACAGACCCCACCCUGAGAUAGCCCCCCCUUCCUGGCCCUCCAGUCUGCCAGCCAUGGUGCCCCCCACUAGCAGUGUGGUUUUGCGGUGAGACCCCCCCAUCAUGGUGCAGAAAUCUCGCAAUGGGGGGUGUACCCCGCCCGCAGAGAAGAAGCUGAAGGUGGGCUUCGUGGAGUCUGGACCCGGGGGCCCCGGAAUCCCAGGGAUGGGGCCCUUCUCAUAGACGGCUCAGAGCUGAAGCGGGGCAGCAUCCUCACAAGCCCAGGUCGGGGGUCUGCGGCCCGGGAAGCCCCCAAACGGAAUGCACUUCUACCGCAAACUACAGAACUUCCUCUACAACGUGCUGGAGACCCCGGGGCUGGGCCUUCAUCUACCAUGCCUAUGUGUGAGUACAAAGAUGGGGGCUGUACCCCAAUAAUAACUGUGUGAACACAAAGGGGGGACUGCACCCCAAUAAUAACUGUGUGAACACAAAGGGGGGGGGCUGCACCCCAAUAAUAACUGUGUGAGUACAAAGAUGGGGGCUGUACCCCAAUAAUAACUGUGUGAACACAAAGGGGGGACUGCACCCCAAUAAUAACUGUGUGAACACAAAGGGGGGGGGCUGCACCCCAAUAAUAACUGUGUGAGUACAAAGAUGGGGGCUGUACCCCAAUAAUAACUGUGUGAACACAAAGGGGGGACUGCACCCCAAUAAUAACUGUGUGAACACAAAGGGGGGGCUGCACCCCAAUAAUAGCUGUGUGAGUAAAAAGAUGGGGGCUGUACUCCAAUAAUAACUGUGUGAACACAAAGAGGUGGGGCAGUACCCCAAUAAUAACUGUGAGUACAAAGAGGGAGCUGCACCCCGAUAAUAUGCCUAAUAUAUAAUAGAAAAGUUGUGUAGAGAUCCAAAUAAACUGGCAAUGUCCGUAGGCCUAAUUACAUGUUAUUUAUUAUAUACAUACAUACUGUGCUGGUAGCAUGUAGAGGGCCCCAAUAAUGUGACAAUUAUGCAAUACCAAUUGGGGAGUACAGAGAGGGGUGCUUAGCCCCAAUAAUGUGACAAUUAUACAAUGCCAAUUGGGGAGAAUGGAGAGCAAUGCUGAUCCCCAAUAAUAUGACAGUUAUGCAGUGCUAAUUGGGGAUUCCAGAGAGGGGUGCCAAGCCCCAAUAAUGUGACAGUUAUACAAUGUUAUUUGGGGGGCAUGGAGAGGGGUGCUGAGCCCCAAUAUUGGGACAGUUAUACUAGUCCACUUAUUAGAAUUAUGGGCGCAGGGCUAUGGUAAUAUAAGUUAUGUGAUGUAGCUGUUGGUGUGAGUACAGUAACCCCAAUAUUGUGUCAUUACAUAAUGUUUACAUAUCUAGUCUGUAUCUCGAUAGUCAGAGUCCCCUUUAUGGGUAACCCCACAUUAUAGACUCAGUCUGAAACCCACUGACAUGUUGCUGUGAGCUGCGCUCCUCUGUUGUCUGCUUUUAUUGGAAGUUGUGUAAGAGAAUCGCAAAGGGUUAAUCCCAUAAUACAACUCUGAAUGUAAAAUUUAACCCUUUUGUCACAGUUCUGGAUUUGUGUGGCUGACUUGCUGGAGACCAAUAUAGAAAAACAGAGCAAUUUCACAUCAAAAAUUCUAUAGAGCAGUAUGUGCUGCAACAAACAACCCCAACGCCUGGCCACGGCAGUUUAGAUUAUUGUAUAUUAUUAGCUUAUAUUUUGCAUACCUAUAUAUACAUAACUAUAACCACUUCACUGGCUGGUGUUUGCGUGUCCAUCAUAUAUUAUUAAUCCUUUACCCAUCAUUGGACUACAUUUCAUAGCACUCUCAGCUAGCCUGCUGAUGGGAGUUGCCUUGCACUUUGUGCCCCGGUCAAUGCUAUAUUAAGUAGAAUGCCCCAUCUCUCCAUCUGACAUCUGUACAAUACACCAUACAUCCCGAUUAGUAACAAUUACAGACUUUAAGGCUCCAUUUGUGUCGUUGCCCAAAGCAUUUUCUGGAGUGACUGCUGCUUUCUUCGACCGGAGGCUUUUUUUUAAAUUUUAUUUUUUAUAAAUCUCUAGUUUCUCCCACUUACUGGAAGCAUCCGUCCCUAGCAAUGGAUAACCAGAUUCUUAAACAUUGAGCCAUGAUUCCUAGCCAUAGAUCACCAGAUUUCUCCUAGCCAAUGAUCACCAGUUUCCGAGCCGUGGAAAACAGAUCAGUACCUGCUUUGUACAGUAUUGCACCUAUAGAGAAUAUCUGUAGCCAUGCAAAAAUAUCCGAUUGCCAUUGAUAAAGCAAAUCGUGCACAUAGCCAGAUCUAAGUGCAGCCAGCGACUAAUAACCCACCAUUUCACUUCACUUGGGCCCUAAACCUCCUACGUACUAAGACAUCUGUGGAAUCACUUUCGUCUUAAUAUUACUGCUUUGUAUGCUGUCCAGAUCGUGGCUGUACCUUUAAUAACACACUACAUCUCCGUGGCACAGGGUGGACUAUGGCUCAUGCAGUUUGGAAGUAGCAGAAAACAUUAAUCAUUCUCAAAGAAACCCUCCAAACACCAUAACCACUACAGUGAGCUCCCUUUGGAAGUAGUCAAACUUUCUGCAACUGUUUGACUUUUUAUCUGGGUUUCGCAAGGCGCUACUCCCUACCUCCACUACGGCUACAGGAGAACCCUGCUUAGAGCUAGCUCAUUGGUUGGGAGUAUCUGCUGAUCGCUUUCAGCCAGUGAGCUAAGCCCUGCACUGCCAAGCUUAGCUCAGGCAGAACACGUCUGGAUCUCCUGUAGUUGUAGUGGAGGCAGGGAGCUGCAGCCUGCAGGUAAGAUGCAAAUAGGGCAUGUAGCUGUAAAACAAAACAAUUUCAAUAGUGUAAUAUUGUUAUCCCAUAUGAAAACAAUGGUUAUUGGAGUGAACUCAAACUGUCAAGAUGUAAGAACAGUGAAAGCAAUAAGGAUGUGGAAUUCUCUGCCUGAAGAGGUGGUUUUAUCAGAGUCUGUAUAGAUGUUUAAACAACAACAUAAUGAAUACUUGCAGAAGCAUAAUAUUCAGGGAUAUCAUUUUUAAUAUGUGCGGUAAUAGCUUCUUGAUCCCAGCAGAGAUCUGACUGCUAUUUUAGGGUCGAGAAGGACAUUUUUCCUAGUUUGUUGUAAAAUUGGAAGUGCUACAAACUCGUUUUCCAGCCGUCUUUUGGAGCAGCAGCGAAAACAUGUGAGGUAGGCUGAACUUGAUGGACGCAGGUCUUUGUUCAGCCUAUGUAACUAUGAUGUGGAGGCCAGAAGAACCUUGCUUCUAAAUUUUGGCUCCUUAGGAAGUCCGGACAAAGCCAUUCGUUUUACAGUUUUUUUUGACACAAUACUAUAUAUUUUUAACUUACCCAGAGUCUCUGUCAGCUGCAAAUGGAAUUUAUUUGUGGGUUCUUCUGGUCCUCAUGAUCAUCGGGAGAGACACACAGAGCGUCUUUAUUACAUCUUCAAAGUGGGAGUUCACUCCAACACCAAUUAUUUUACAUGACAUAACAAUAUUAUUAUAUUAUUGUAUAUUUAUUGUUUGUAUACAAGAUAUUGUGCUUUUUUGGGGUGCUUCUCCUAGGUAGAUGUUUUCUAUAGCAGUGUUAGGCUUUAUACCAUGGGUGGUGGAGGGUCUUUUCGGAAAUACGUCCUAAAACAAUUCGACUACAUACAAUAGAGGAACGCCAGGGUUUGCCUGGCACCAUAACCACUGCAGCACACUGCAGUGGCUAUUGUAUUUGGAAUAUUCUUUUAAUAACGAAAUCCUGCGUUGGUUGUCUAAAUAUCUUGAGUGAUGUACAAUGAGAUCAUAGCGGGCUAAUUCACCAACGUGCGACUUUUUAGCAAUUCAAAGUGAGUUUUCCAUUUCAGACCAAAGCUAGCAGUGCUAAUCGUUCUGAUUUCUGUAUGUUGCCAUUGAUGGCUUCAAUAAAAGUCACUUAAAGCAAAUAGAAAAAAAAAGGCUAAAAUAGAUGAUUUGAACUAUAGAAGAAUUUUUUCAUUCUACUUUCUAUUGUUUAAUAUCUCGUUAAUUUAAUAAGCCCUAUAGCAUGUAAAGCCGUCGCCGUGUCAAAAUUAACUACUCAUUGAUCAUAGUAGUGGAGUAUAUCUAUAAAUGUAAGCGGUUAUUUCUUACAUAAUGCCAAUUUACGUAGAAAGUCGUUUUUAAGGUUUUGUCGUUUGGUUUAAAUGCAGUGUUCUUUCUGAUAGCCUUUCAUUUUUAUAUUUGUCUUCAUUCAAAAAUAAAAAAUAAAUUUCAACUGCUCCAAUUUAAAAAUGAGAGACAAUUAAUAACAAAAGUAAAUUAAACGUGUCAAAUGUGCUUUAAAUUGAAAAAUCUGUGCUAGUCAUUUAACUCUUGUAUUGCUAAAAAAAAUCAAAGUGUACAAAGGCUUGUGUGGCACUUCAUGGGUUACAAACGAAUUGUGCUUGGCUGGGUUAGGUGGACAAAUGUGAUCUCUUUUUUUUACAAGUUAACAGAAUAUUGAGAAAUGUGCGCAAUGAAUUUGUCACUGACUCAGACCAGCUGCAGCUAUUGAAUGUGUCCAGUUCCAUCUGUUAGCAAAGCUCUAGCGAAAAUGUCCUUUCUGAUUAAUAAUUUAUUGGGGAAAGGAAGCACAUUGAGAUUGGGUCUCACUUCCAUUCCAGGGAGACUCUGAAUAUGGAGGAAAUUGUGUGAGUUUUGUGGUAGAAUUAAUUUAAAACCAAUAAAAGCUAACACAUUAAAGGAAUUGAAGAAUGCUUGGGAUGUGUAUAAGGCUAACACAGUAAAGGAAUUGAAGAAUGCUCGGGAUGUGUAUAAGGCUAACACAGUAAAGGAAUUGAAAAAUGCUGGGGAUGUGUAUAAGGCUAAUACAGUAAAGGAAUUGAAGAAUGCUCGGGAUGUGUAUAAGGCUAACACAGUUAAGGAAUUGAAGAAUGCUCAGGAUGUGUAUAAGGCUAACACAGUAAAGGAAUUGAAGAAUGCUCAGGAUGUGUAUAAGGCUAACACAGUAAAGGAAUUGAAGAAUGCUCGGGAUGUGUAUAAGGCUAACAGUAAAGGAAUUGAAGAAUGCUCAGGAUGUGUAUAAGGCUAACACAGUAAAGGAAUUGAAGAAUGCUCGGGAUGUGUAUAAGGCUAACACAGUGAAGGAAUUGAAGAAUGCUCGGGAUGUGUAUAAGGCUAACACAGUAAAGGAAUUGAAGAAUGCCUGGGAUGUGUAUAAGGCUAACACAGUAAAGGAAUUAAAGAAUGCUUGGGAUGUGUAUAAGGCUAACACAGUAAAGGAACUGAAGAAUGCUUGGGAUGUGUAUAAGGCUAACACAGUAAAGGAAUUAAAGAAUGCUUGGGAUGUGUAUAAGGCUAACACAGUAUAGGAAUUGAAGAAUGCUCAGGAUGUGUAUAAGGCUAACACAGUAAAGGAAUUGAAGAAUGCUCGGGAUGUGUAUAAGGCUAACACACUAAAGGAAUUGAAGAAUGUUUAGGAUGUGUAUAAGGCUAACACAGUAAAGGAAUUGAAGAAUGUUUAGGAUGUGUAUAAGGCUAACACAGUAAAGGAAUUGAACAAUGCUCAGGAUGUGUAUAAGGCUAACACAGUAAAGGAAUUGAAGAAUGCUCGGGAUGUGUAUAAGACUGAUUUGGUAAAGGAAAAGUUAAAUAUUAAAAUGCCUCCAAACCUAUAACCCCUUCCCUCCCAACCAUAUGUAUACAUGGGCGAAUAUUCAUUUUGCAUUGCAUUAUGCAGUAUAAUACAGAUGCCUGGUGUAACAGUACUUACUGUUUGCAGGAUUUAUGGCCACGCAGACUUUGCAACAUUUGUGUAUCUUUCUACAAAAUCGAUAUCAGUAUUUCUGCCUAUGUGCAAAUAUUUAACCAUUCCAAAAUAAUGUAUACUUUUAAAAUAUGUUAUCCACUUAUAUAUCCGUAACAGAUUUUGUUUAUUAAACACCUCGAAGUGUUUAGGUGAUAAAAACAUAAUCAAAAUUAUUGAAACAAGAAGUCAUAUUUUGGACAUUUGCAGUCCAAAUUUCUGAAAAAACUAAGUGCAAUAGGAGCAACCUUUGUAGUGUAGUGUUUAUUAACGUGAUAAGAGCAUAAAAACAGGUGAUGUGCCCCCAAAAGAAAGGUACGCAGAAGGUCGGUGCCUACACAAUGGCACUAUCAUAAAAUUUGAGGCAGUUAUAAUGUACUGUAUUCUCCUGCGUUCACCCUAUAUUCGAGCAGCAUUCUCCACGCUUCCAGCCCACAACAUGCACCCCAAACAAGUCUCACAGGGGAUCCCUUAAGUCUCUUAAGGGAUUCCGAUAGAUUCACAAGGAUGAAUUUGGCAGUCAGCCAAAGCCUGCUCGUUUUGCAGGAAUACGCCUAAGCUCUGCCAAUCUUGACUAUCUCAGCCAACCCAAUGCUUUCCCACAUUAAUGCAUUUGGAGGAUAUUGCGCAUGCACAUCAAAACGCUGUGCUGAGCCAAUCAGUCUCUUCUCAUAGAGAUGCAUUGAAUCAUUCUGAGUCGGGAUAUCAAAGGGGAUGUCGCAGGGGAUGUCGCCCUGGGCACUGUUCACACACCCAGGUGACUUCUGUUCCACAGGAUCACACCUGGGACAUUGCCCUGAAAACCGGGGUCAGUGGACAUAAUGCCGAAGUUCCAUUUAUCAGUAGUAGAAAGAUGAUCCAGGCACUCCAAGUACCUUCUAAUGUGUUUAUUGGGACAAGUGAGACACCGCAAUGUUUCGACCCCUGAGGGUCUUUGUCAAGCUGACAAAUGAAGUUCCAUUUAUGGCCUGCAGCUAGAGGAGCAGAAUCCGGGGCACCAUAUUGUUGGCUGACUUUACCUUUCAUCCAGGCAUAACCAACUACAAGCCCUACAUUUAUAAGACUUACCGCUGUUUACUUUCUAUACUUCCUAUUAAUCGCGACUGCAGUGCCUUUUGUAGCUGGGCAUGUGCUGUUGGUUUAUCUAGUUGACUAGGUACCUCUAUUUUUUAUUUGUGCUGUGGUGGUUUUCAUUUCAUUCACCCUAUAUUUUCAUAAUAUAGCUGUACUUUUCUUGUUUGCACAUUAGCCUUCUUCCCCCCCAGCUAUAGUGUGUGUGUGUGUAUUAGGUACUGUGGUGUGUCUAUUAGACAGUGUGUGUGUGUAUUAGGUACUGUGGUGUGUCUAUUAGACAGUGUGUGUGUGUAUUAGGUACUGUGGUGUGUCUAUUAGACAGUGUGUGUGUGUGUUAGGUACUGUGGUGUGUCUAUUAUACAGUGUGUGUGUCUAUUAGGUACUGUGUGUCUAUUAGACAGUGUGUGUGUGUGUAUAUUAGGUACUGUGUGUCUAUUAGACUGUGUGUGUGUGUUUGUGUGUAUUAGGUACUGUGUGUCUAUUAGACUGUGUGUGUGAAUUAGGUACUGUGUGUCUAUUAGACUGUGUGUGUGUGUGUGUAUGUAGUAUGUAGUGUGUCUAUUAGACAGUGUGUGAGUGUAUGUAUUAAGCAGUGUGUGUCUGUUCGUGUAUGUAAUCAUCAAAUAUUUCAAUGUAUGCAUUAGGCGGUGUGUGAGUAUCAGGGAUGUGGAAUUUAUAUAUUCUGUCACCCGGCACAUGCAAUUCCGGACGCCAUGCAGGAAUAUUUUUUUAAAUUCUUCUAGGGCUGCCUUGGGAGGAGUUGGUGCCAGGCAGGGAGUGUAUCUCUGGCAGGCAUUCCAGGACACCUUAACUGUACCUGGCUGCUGCUCAUAGUGAGAUGUGAGGAGCAGUAGCAUCCUACCACUACUCAGCAUGACGUCAUAUCCUGGCGGCGAAUAUGCUGUAAAGUGCAGAGUUAUUGUGAGACAGGCUUGUAAUCUGUGAUGUGUGAGUGUCAGAGAGUGUUUAGUUUGUGUAUGGGUCACUGUGUUUGUAUAUGUGUCAGUGUGUGUCUGUGUGCAGUGUGCGUCUGUAUGGGUCAUUGUGUGUGUGUGUGUGUCAGUGUGCUCUGUGUUUGUGCAUGGGUCAGCAUGUGUGGGUGGCAGUGUGCGUGUGUAUGGGUCUCUACUCCCUGUUUCCCCAGUCUGUUUUUUACUAUUUAUGGGUCUUCUCAAAAAAAAAAAAAAGAUUAAGCAGGCAUAUACUGGAGGGUCCAUUCACUAAAAAGUUAUUUUAUAAGUCUUAGGUCAAAACCACCAAGUUGGAUAACUUUUUUUUUUGUAAAUAUAAAUUUUUAUUGUUUUAUCAACGGUAAUUUGCAUAUUCUCAAGAAAUACAGAAAAUACAGUGCAGGGCUCGCAGGUCCCUUAUAUAACUAAGAGGAGAUAGUGCAAUAGCCAUAGAAAAUCACAACAUUAUGUGAGCACGCAGGCCCCAAGCAUCCGAGGACUCGCAGGUCCUUUGUUGAAUCACAUUUCCAGUAUAGCAAUGGUAGUUUAUUGCUGGGGUUUUGGUAUUCUCUUCCCGCACUUUCCUUUUUGAGAGUUUGAUGUUUAUUAAAGCCCGGAAUUACAGGUGUGUGUCAGCGCGGGACUCGUAGGUCCCCAGAGGGCCGUGCAAGGGUUAGCGAUGGUCUUAUACAUUUGUGCUCGCAGGCCCCCUAUCUCACCUUGUGACACUCUGUCAUGUUUGCUAGGCAUGUCUCAGAUCCCAGGAUCCCCACAUUUGAUUCUCCUAACUACCGCACUGAAAGAGUCCUCCCAGCUGAUCUCUCUGGCUGGUCCCUGUUGCCCAGUUAGAGCCGUGGUCUGAGUGUAGGGGUAUAGUAUAAAGGGGGAAACAGGGUACAGGGGUGGAUACUGGGGCGUCGGGUAGUCGUCAGUGUCCUGCGUCUUUGUUGUGAUUAAAUCUGUGGUCCGUCCAUGUCAUUCAGUACUGUAACUUGUCAGCAAAGUCUGGUUUCGUCAUCGUCAUCGUCAGCAGCCAUUGUGUCCAUGUGUCCAUGUGUUUAAAUAUGAUUGGUGUGUGCCCGCUGUGCUGGUGUGAAGGUCAGUGGUGGAUCCUGGUUUUGUGCUGCCCUAGGGGUCCAGUGGGCCGGUGACUGCAGGCGGCGAGGGAGCACUGAUCCUUCUUUCAGCUCCCUCGCGCGCCGCAUAAUGAUGCCGGGAGCUGGAAUAUGACAUCAUAUUCCAGCUCCCGGGAUCACUCUGCGGCGUGCGAGGGAGCUGAACAGAGAGCUCACUAAUCAGUGCUCCCUCGCCAGCGCCGGCCACCCGCCUGGAAUGUCAGUUAGCCGCCAGGCUAACAAGACAUUUGCCUGGGCAUUUGGGGGCGGCUUUUUUUGCCGCCCCCUGGAAAGUGCCACCCUAGGCAAAUGCCUUGUUUGCCUCGCGGCUAAUACAUCCCUGGUAAAGGUCCUCCAUUGAUCUUCCAUUUGGGAGAACCAUGACCUCAGUGGGGGAGUUACCGGUUGUUUCCAGUGUUGUGGGGUAAAUAAUUUGGCUAUAUGGAAAACUUUAACUAAGGUGAGAUGGAGAUUAUUUCAAACUUUUUUCUUAUUUUGUGUGUCGAAAAACACACAAGGUACACUGUGAAGAGGGUAACAGACUCUAGCAAAAAAAAAAAAUGAAAAAUAAAAGAUUAAAGAAGAGUGAAGGAAAAAAACAGAGGAAAAGUUGAUGAGAGUGAGUGUAUAUACACUAUUCUAUACAAUUCUUGCAAAGAGAGAAAUACUCCACACUUAAAGUAUUACAGAUUUCUGAAGUUUGUCAUUUUCUUGAAUGUUGAACAUUUCAAUAGAAAUCGAUCCUUUUAUAAUUUUUGGCAGAACCACCUUCCUGUCUGUCACACACCGGGACCUUUUCAGUGAGCUAAACUAGAGCUCAAUGGGGAACAUAUUAAAGCCGUGAUCGAGUCGGCAUGCGCACACUUGCGGAUCCAGCUCAGAAACAUCUCAAUGAGAAGCCUCUGAUUGGAGUAUUCCAUGGCACAGAAAAUAAAAGCACAUUUUCUUUGGGAGUACAUCCACUAAAUUGUUAAAAUAAAUUAGUGGAACACAUGUGAGAAAUGCUGAACUUGAUUGAUGCAUGUCUCUUUUCAGCUAAAUACUUGUGAUACAAUGGAACUAUCUUAUGAGCGGGCGGCAAAAUGGAUCUUUGCCCAGGGCGGCAGAAUUCCUUGCACCGGCCCUGGCUAUAUGUUUUACUUAAUUAUUAAAACGAGGCCUACGAACUCCAUGAGUGACAUACUACAUACCAUUGUGCACUUAAUGCUUGUGUUGAUGCUGCACUAUUUUAGUUGCGUACGGAGAUUACUAUUAUUGAUAACCUUUUUUUUGUUUGUGUGUGGUGUUGUCGCCGUUGUGAUAAAUGGUUUUUAUGAUUCAUGCCCCAAUAAAAAUUUUGAUUGACAAAAAAAAAAUGUUAAUGUCUAAUUCUUGCACAUUUUCUAUGCACUAUUUCACGUUAGCGCUAUUAUAUUCCCAAUUUUUUAUCUUUUCUUCACACAAGCUAUUUAAAUGAAAAUAUGAUGAAAGCAUCCUUUGUUUCUCGGGGUUAGUGGUAAAUCCAUUGUAUCGUUGCUGUGGUUUGAUUAAAUAGAGACAUACAUGCUUACAUAGGUAUGUAAUGGACACUCAAAUGGCGACUAAGAUCAUAAAUAUUUCAGGUGGUUGUGAGCAAGCGGUGAGUGUUUAUGGAACAUCGAUUGACAUCGCAGUAUUCCAGGGCCUGCUCCACACACAAUGUACAUUCUUUAAUUGCUCAGAACGCUGGCUAUUUUACAUUGAAAGCAGCCUUUUAUACAUAUUUCUCUCCCCGGGGUCUGACAAAUCCUAUAAUGUAGCUUUCUUCCCUGAAUUUGCUGACACUAUGUUCUUCUUUCUAAUCUCUUAUCCGCAUAGAAUAUGUCAAUACCAGAAGAAAGGCUGCUUUAAAGGGAAAUUUUCGUUUAAAGGGAACAGUCACUAGAGAUUAUAACAUUGGAUGAAACCUUGAAAAUCACCUAUAAAUUGUGUUAUCGUUGCCUUUUCAUGUAAGGCUCCGACAGGUCACCCAUUGAAAAACAGAGAGACAUGCCUAUUAUGUGGCGAUGAGCAACUCUUUGUUGUCUGCCGACAUUGCAAUUCUAUGCUUAUAAGCGAGAGUUGUCUCAGUUAAAAGGGAAAAAGCUAAAAAUAAAGGGGAGUAGAAAGACGUCCCUCCAACCCUCAGUCUAAAAUCCACCCAGGGCCAUCGAAGCCUUUAGUAUAUUCAGGGCCUACAGUAUGCAGACAUCCAUCCAAAUCUCAGCCUAGAGUCCAUCCAGGACCAUCGAAGCCUUUAGUACUUUCAGAUCCUGAAGUAGGCAGUAGCCCCUCCAACCCUGAGUCUAGAGUCCGUCCAGGGCCAUGGAAGCCUUUAUUAUUUUCAGAUCCUGGUGUAGGCAGUCGACCCUCCAACCCUGAGUCUAGAGUCCGUCCAGGGCCAUCGAAGCCUUUCAUAUGUCCAGGUACACUCCUAAACAAUUCCCUUAUUUUUCAUUUAUUUUUUUCAGUGCGAAUUCGCCAUGGAGAAGGACCAAUGCAGAUUUUGCAGCUAGCCUUUUAAUAAUGUGUUAGCAGUGAUUCUGUCCUUUCCCAAUAAGAAGGUUACUCAAAGAUCGCUGCUCCUCCUGUAGGGUUAAUGUAUGUAUAUAAUGUUAAGUGUCUAAUGAACUUUUCCAGUAUAUAUAGGUGUAUAAUGGUGAUAGAAGCAAUUGUGCUUGAAUUACAAAUGUAGUGUACAUAAACGAUAUAUAAGUCAGUACAUAGUUUAUGAGGGAAAAGUAUAUACAAUGUAUAGAUUACAACAGACCAUCCCACAUAUGUUUAAAUAAGUAUUUCACUAUUUUCCCCUUAUAUUGGGAUAAUGUCACCUGAAGGGUUAAUUGUCAGCAUCACUUUUAAUGAUGAGGUUGAGAAUGAAACUUGAGAGCAAGUAACCGCCCACAAGGCGGAUCGCAACUUUGGUACCUGAGAGACUGCAGCUGAUCGAAGGUGGGAUUAAUCACCAUUAUACACCUAUAUAUACUGGAAACUUUCUUUAUGGAAGUUUUCUCCCCUGACGAAGGUGUCUCUCUGAGCACCGAAACGCGUGUCGGGAUUUCCUUAUUUUAAUCACUUCACUAUACACUGAUUUAUUUUUCUCUUUAUGAGGAGAAGGGGGGUUUAUUUGGAGAUCGGGGGAUGUGUUCCUACUACCAGGGGGACUCUACUUAAUCGAGAGAUACUUGCAAGGACAUUUUAUUUAAUCAGCAACCAUGAAGGUGUUAUAGGGAGAGUGUAUCAUAGUGUAUUGGUUUGCCAGCACAUUGAGCGAUAUUAGAGGGUACAAUUAUAUGGAUAGAAUUAAUGCUAUACGGCUGGUUAUAUUGUUGAUAAUCCUUACUAUGACUGACUAUCCACAAGUGUCUAUAUAGACCUUAUCAAAUGAGCAACACUCUGGCUGAACAAGCGCUUAUGCAGCAAUCUAUGGAUCGCUUAGUCGAUUGACUCACUACCUACAGGUAAUCAGCUAACAUGUAGACCGACAUGAGCAAUGGAGUUGCUCCUAAGUUGAAUAGAUGCAUAUGUCUAAUAUGAUGGAUAAUACAGCUGCCUAUUUCACCAUUUAGCUCUUAUCCCUACUUUAGAAGUGUUGGUUAAGAAGCAAUUAGAUCAAUUUAGAAUCUGUGAACGGAUUAAAGCCUCGACUUGGUCCUUUUUAUUUUUUUUAUCUCCUCCUACUGAGAUAGACAUUAUAUAUCAAUAACAACCAAUGUUGUUUGAAGCAAUAAUUAACUCCACCAAGAUACGUUUGGAUCUAUUCUUUGAACGUGUUGAGCUAAUAGCUCGCAGGGUACUUAUACCACAGUAUUAUGCUGCAUCAUUUUAUAUUGAGAGGUUAAGAUUCUCUACCUUUCACUAUUUAUGAUAAAUUUGCACAGUAGAUAUUGUCCUGUACUAACGCUUCAUUGACCUGUGUUAAGAUAUUGGUCUUAUAAUUAUGUGCGUAAUACUCCUCCAUAUUAAUCUCAUUUUCUCCUAUUCUAACCCUUUAACAUCUUAGUGAGUCUCUCCCUUAUUUUUCUUUUUCAUCUAAUGUCUGUUGAUAUAAACGCACCUCUUUAAGGUCUAGCUGGGACUAUAUUAUAAGGGGCUCUCUUCAGUAAACAGACCCACGUUACAUAGACAUUGGGAACUUGAGAGACUACAUGCUUUAAUAUAUCACUAGGAUAAUAAGCAAUAGAUUUUUCUAUGCUUUACGAAUGGCACUAAGUAUGGGUAAUUCAUUUUGGUAAAAUCAAUAAAGCCAGUUAGUUUACCCAUCACAAACAUUACAAAUUUCUAUCGAAUAUAUAGUUAUCCUUCUCUUCGACUAUGGUUAUAUGUUAGUUUAAUUUUUCAACCAAUUAUCUUUUUUUUCCCCUUAAUAGGGACUCCUCAAGGGAGUUUUUCCCUGAUUUUUGCUAACAAAUAACGUGUGUUUCUGUAAAUAGCAGGAGGCGAUGGCCAAUCAUUUUGUUUGACGUAUUGUUAUGUAGGACGUGAAGCAUACCUCCCAAGUGCCCCUAUUUAGGAGGCCUCAAAUCACACCUUUUCUAGAAGCUCCAUAUUGUUGGUGUGUCUGGGUGGAUAACAGAGCUCCACAGCAGUAAUACUUCCAGUAAUGUGUCUGAGUGUAUAACAGAGCUCCACAGCAAUAAUACUCCCAGUAAUGUGUCUGAGUGUAUAACAGAGCUCCACAGCAAUAAUACUCCCAGUAAUGUGUCUGAGUGUAUAACAGAGCUCCACAGCAAUAAUACUCCCAGUAAUGUGUCUGAGUGUAACAGAGCUCCACAGCAAUAAUACUCCCAGUAAUGUGUCUGAGUGUAUAACAGAGCUCCACAGCAAUAAUACUCCCAGUAUUGUGUCUGAGUGUGUAACAGAGCUCCACAGCAAUAAUACUCCCAGUAAUGUGUCUGAGUGUAUAACAGAGCUCCACAGCAAUAAUACUCCCAGUAAUGUGUCUGAGUGUAUAACAGAACUCCACUGCAAUAAUACUCCCAGUAAUGUGUCUGAGUGUAUAACAGAGCUCCACAGCAAUAAUACUCCCAGUAAUGUGUCUGAGUGUAUAACAGAGCUCCACAGCAAUAAUACUCCCAGUAAUGUGUCUGAGUGUAUAACAGAGCUCCACAGCAAUAAUACUCCUAGUAAUGUGUCUGGGUGUAUAACAGAGCUCCGCAGCAAUAAUACUCCCAGUAAUGUGUCUGAGUGUAUAACAGAGCUCCGCAGCAAUAAUACUCCCAGUAAUGUGUCUGAGCGUAUAACAGAGCUCCGCAGCAAUAAUACUCCCAGUAAUGUGUCUGAGCGUAUAACAGAGCUCCACAGCAAUAAUACUCCCAGUAAUGUGUCUUUAAACUACAGUAAUACAUUUAGAAAUCAGUCUGUGGAAAUAAGAUACGUUGUUCUUCUUAUAAUUUGUAAAAUUAUAUUUUCUAAAAACAUUUAAUUAUAUUGUAUAAAUCAUAUUUUAGUUUCAUUAAAGGAUCGAAACAAACACUAUAGUUCCAUGGUGGCCGUUUAGGUGCCCGGCAUUCUUCUGCAGGGAGAAAAAAAAAAGUCUUUGCUUACUCUUCCUCCCCUGCAGUGCCGGUGUCUGCGGCUGGUCCUGCUUCCUUGUCUAAGGUAAUAGAAAACGAUGAUUUCAUCCAAUCCAAUCUAUACCUAUUGGAAAACGCCACGCUGCGCCAAUCAGAUGGGCUCUGUGUGACCUCGUGAAAGAAAUUAAAGAGUUAGUGGCUUAGUGGCAACAGGCAUUUGCAGAGUUAAAAUGGGGGGGAAGUGGCGGGGGAUAAAGCACCCAGUCAAAAUUAUUUAAAUGAAGUGGUCUGGGUGCCUCUCGUGUCCCUAUAAUUGUUGUUAGUAUGUAAUCUAAAAUUUCUCAAAUCAACCCCUUCCCAGGCUUCACCCCUAAAAUUAAAGUGUCCUUUUUUGCCGGUGUGAAAUGUUGGGCGGUAUGAAGGAGGUGUAACCAGAUUACAUACCAGGCUGUGCGUAAUCUUUAUUUUCUUUGCCCCAUCACAACCCGGUGCUUUUUGACUCGUGUUUCAUGUCUGAAUACAGCCUUAUAAAAAUAAACUGGUUUGCUGGUCUGGCUUGCCAAAUUGGAUUUUAAAUUGAGUUCUUUGUCAGAUGUGGCAGAUUUGUGUAAGGAAGGGGAUUGGACUAAACCUGCUGACGCGCAGUGUUCACCUCCUGCUCCCAUCAAUGAGUCUCUCGGGAUGGCUCCCAAGAUAUAGAUCAGCAGAAAUGGCCGGGAUUCUGCUCAUCCCAUGCAGACACAUUCAUGUUCGGCAGUUAAAAGCCUUCUGUAAAUUAAGUGAGAUUUUAUUGCAGCUGGUUUCAGAUAUGCUGCUGUAACACUUCCUACUAUGUGGUUUCAUUUUCCAAAAUAAAUCUGUGUUUUAUUCCCUUCUGGUCCCCUACAUCAGAGAUCUGACGGUAUACUUCUAGGAACCCAAUCCGUGGAUAGGGACUGACUGGAUACACCCCAGAUAAAUAGCGCUAAGUGAAAAAUCACACAUUUAAAAACUCACAGUAAUGUGCAGUGUGUAUGAGUGUAUCACAGAGCUCCACAGCCAUAAAACUCACAGUAAUGUGCAGUGUGUAUGAAUGUAUCACAGAGCUCCACAGCAAUAAAACUCGCAAUGUGCAGUGUGUAUCACAUAGUUCCACUGUAAUAAAAUUCACAGUAAUGUGCAGUGUGUAUGAGUGUAUCACAGAGCUCCACAGCAAUAAAACUCACAGUAAUGUGCAGUGUGUAUGAGUGUAUCACAGAGCUCUACAGCAAUACAACUCGCAAUGUGCGGUGUGUAUCACAUAGUUCCACUGUAAUAAAAUUCACAGUAAUGUGCAGUGUGUAUGAGUGUAUCACAGAGCUCCACAGCAAUAAAACUCACAGUAAUGUGCAGUGUGUAUGAGUGUAUCACAGAGCUCUACAGCAAUACAACUCGCAAUGUGCAGUGUGUAUCACAUAGUUCCACUGUAAUAAAAUUCACAGUAAUGUGCAGUGUGUAUGAGUGUAUCACAGAGCUCCACAGCAAUAAAACUCACAGUAAUGUGCAGUGUGUAUGAGUAUCACAGAGCCUUACAGUAAUAUAAGGAUACUUCUAAAAUUCUUGAUUUUGUUAGAUAAAACAAAAAAAAAAGAAACCGGAUGCUGAUAAAGCCAUUGAUUAUGUGUAUAAAUCAGUCCAGCAUGUUAUCUCGUUACAUCCUAACAUAGUACAAGAAACACAACAAGUUCAUGGUAACCGACCUCUAAGGAGUAAAGUCCCGUGUGACACAGUUUGUUGUCAUAGUGUUGAGCUGCCAAUGACACACCGGGAUAUACAUUGUUUUUGCUGCUGGAAUUAGUUGGUGAAUUGCAGUCUAGAGUUAGUAAAUAGGUCGUAUUGUAGGUGGUUUUUGUAGUCGACCAUUAAAAGGACUUACCAGGCCGGAACCGACCCAUUCCCUGUAGAUAAACCUUUAAAUUAUAGGUGAAAACACGCAUACUUGUCGUUUCUUCAUGUGUUGUAAAUCCUUUGGAUUUGUGUCUCUGAUAAUGAACUCUGCUCACACCAGGAAGUAAUCCAGCCAAUCAGGAUGCUCUCUUACAGUUGGAUGGCGUAUUUGCUAAAGGUUAAUAUAAAGUGGAAUUACCAUUACUUGACAUGAUGAUGUCAUUGCCCCAUAAUGCUCAGGGCCUUCAAAUGUCCACUUGAGUGUAUGUAAGGAAAUUAAGUAAAUUUGCAUAGUAUGCCCUAGAUGUGCCAGGACGAGCAGUCGUACAAUGUAUAUUAUGAAAUAAAAAAUGAACUCUCAGAUGUGACCAUUCCGCUUUAACUUAUCUGUAGCAAAGUUUAUCACACAUGUCCCAGCACAGCUAUGUAUCAUGAUUCCUACGUGUCGGCAGCCUGUGUACCAGCACACCUUCCCUUAUGUGUCUGUGCUGUUUUAAUGUGUGUUAAUCAAGUGACUCAGAUUACACAGCUUGUUCUGUGAAACCACAAAUUAAUUUCCUUCUGGUGAUCUCAUUAUUUUUUCUCCAGAUAUCCAGGGAGCUAUCUGGUUUUAAAGGCAUUUCUAACACGUCGGGUUUAUCAGCAGUAAAAUCGCUUCGUGGUGACAACAGAAUACAGGCCUAAAGGAUGCUUAGCAUAAUAAUGUGUGAACAAGGAAUGCACAAUGUGGCUGAGGAUACUGAGAGUUGCUGGCAGGUGUCAAGUGCUGAAUAUUCUGUACUCAAGACUGAGUUAUACACUCCGAAUGGCUCAGAACCAAAACCAUCUGGCUUCAUACAGGGCCAAUCGGACUUCAAAAUCCGAACAUUGUUCAUGGAAUUCUUCAAUGUCCUGAUUUUGUAAUUCAGAACUCAAAUGGGCCAGAAUUCAUCCAAACGAACACUGGCGAACGGCUAAAAUCUGGAGCAAAUAAAAUAAAUCCGGCCCUGGAGGCUUCAACUCCGGGUCCAGAUUAGAAACAAAAAUCUGAACUAUUUGAUUGCUUGCCAAGCUGUUAUUGUUUAAUUAGUGACAAAUGUUAUUAUGGCUUUUUAUUUGGCCAUUUUGGGGGCUGUAGAAAAGAAGAAUUAAAAGAAAAAAGACUUUGGAUGGGAAGUAAUUUUUUUUUUAAAACAGGUGUUAAAGUCUCCCCCAUUAAUAUUUAGAGUAGCCCCCACCCAAUGCCCACAGGGAUGGGACCUUAUCUAGUAAAUGGGCAGCAAUUGCUAGGUUUAAACAUUUAGUAGACAUGCCCCCUCCUGACAUGCUGUCGUUGGUAAAUCUCCGAUUCCUAUGCUGUAAAUUGGGUCAGAUGCUGAUUUUACUGAUUUACCGAACGCUUCCGAACGAAUGUUACAGAAUUGGUAAGACCAAUCGACUCCUGAUCGCACUUGGCUUUAGUAAAGACGCUUAUUUCUAAUGCGGUCGGAAUUCAGUAAUUUUCACCGGAUUUUGUCCAAACCCAGUGUUUAGUGAAUACCUCUGAGAGUAUUGAGAGUGAGCAGAUCUCUGAGAUUCUAUUCUAAAAGCCUAUAUUUUAAAUCCUGCAAUCACUCAGCACUAAGAAAUGAAUGUAUCAGGGAGGCCGCUGAGAUUUUGGCAGCUCGGUUUCUCUGAUAUGUGCAUGAGCUGAUCUCUGUGUACAAGGAUGGAGUGGGUGGUACUUGUUCAGCUGUCUUUCAGUAGAAAGGGAAAGGUAGGUGCCUGUAUGUAAAAUGAGUCAUAUUGUAUCAAAAUACUUCCAAUAACCUUACUUAUAAUCUAAAGUAAACAAAAUAGCUAUUCCAGAAGGUGGACAAUGAAUACAGAGUAAGAUCUCUAUUCUUGCAGAGAACAAAAAGAAUAUUAAAGGGAUACUAUAGUGCCAGGAAUACAAAGCUGUUUUCCUGGCAGUAUAGCUCCCCCUGUCACCCCACUCCCUCGCGCGCCCCCCUCCCAGUGAAUAAAGGGCUAAAAACCUUCUAUUUACUUACCAUAUCCCAGCACUGAUAUCCCUCAGUGCUGGUCGAAACUCUUCCUUCGUCCUGCGACAAGCGGGCUCUAAUGUGCAUGCACGGCAAAUGCCGCGCGCUCAUUAGGCCUCCCAAUAGGAAAGCAUUGAAUCAAUACUUUCCUACGGGGAAAAAUCUGACACUGGAGGUUCUCAUGCAGAGAGUGGGGACGUCCAGCGUCAGAUACCGGACUAGAGGUCCGUUUCAAACCAUGAAGCCCUCUUGUAGCUGUCUGAUAGACGGCCACUAGAGGCGGACUUAGUGCUGCAAUGUAAACAUUGCAGUUUCUCUGGAACAUGUUUAACAUUUCAGUACUGAGGGCAAUAGGGACACUGUACCCAGACCACUUCAAUGCGCUGAAGUGGUCUGUGUGCACACAGUGUCCCUUUAAGGGGUGUGCUAUGGGUAUAAAGGAUGUGUAACUGAAUGUGUUGUCUUGUGUCUUCCAGAUUCCUGCUGGUUUUUUCCUGUUUGGUUCUGUCCGUCUUCUCCACAAUCAAAGAGUAUGAGAGCAGCUCGGAGGGCGCACUCUACAUUCUGGUAAAUGAGAAGUGCUUUCUUUCUCUUGGUGACAGUGUCUCGCUGUUAGGCUGUUAAACCUGCUCUCUCAUGUAUCUUGCAGGAGAUCAUAACCAUUGUGGUCUUUGGGGUGGAAUAUUUUGUCCGAAUCUGGGCUGCCGGCUGCUGCUGUCGUUAUCGCGGCUGGAGGGGGCGCUUAAAGUUUGCCCGCAAGCCAUUCUGUGUGAUUGGUAAGAGAAAGCAAUGCACUGGGCACAGUGGGCGAUGGAGUUUCCGUGUGCCAGGAAUUCCAAAACCGUUUAUACUGGAGAUACUAAACAUUUGUUGACCUAUGUUAAAAACUAGCUCAUAAUAGGCUGUAGGAAAAAGGGACGUUUGAGCUUUUCCUGGACUUGAAAACCAAAUGAAUUGGCUAAUACUUAUCCUGUGUCCUUAUUUGAAAAUAAUACAUAGUAACACAGUAAUCUAGGUUGAAAAAAGUCUCAAGUCCAUCAAGUUCAACCGUCCACACAUCAGUUUCUCCAGUUUAUCCAAAAGAAGACUAAAAACCCAGUUUGAAGCCACGUCCAAUUAUGACACAAACAGGGAAGAAAUCCCUUCCUGAUUCCAAAAUGGCGACCGGAUUUCGCCCUGGAUCAAUACGCUGUUAUCACCUACAUUAAAGGGACAGGCAUCUCUUUCAGACAAUUGUCUUCUUCAAAGGCUUUAGCUUUGAAUGAGACAGUCCCCUCACUCUGCAGGCUGAAAAAUGCUGGUAAAUAUGAUUUUUUUUCAUAUUUAUCUGGUUGUUCUGACUUAUGCUUCCCACACCCACUCUGGGGGGGGCUUCUGAUCUAAUGUAUAACAGAUACAGCAAACAUGCUGCAUUGUGGAUGACAACUAAAUAGCGCUUUGCUCUGCGGUACAAUGUUUGCAUCCACUUGCCAAGGGGACUUAUCCAAGGGGGGUGGGGGGGGUCCAACCUCAUAUUUCUCGUAUAUAAACGAAAAAAUUAAGACAUUGUGUCCCCUUAUCAAAAAUAUACUGUUGCCAAUCUAUUAAAAAAUUAUAUAUUUUGUUUAUUCAAACAUUAAAACAAUUCAUCCCAUAUCCUGAAAGUUGUCUUUUCUCAGAGCCCCUAUCAGCCGAGCACUCUUGUAGGAUAUGGUAUACAAAUUGUACUUGUUGCAUUUAUGUGACAAACUCUCCCCAACUACCGUGGACAAAUCUACUUGAUCCCACAACAUAAUAAAAAAAAAAAAAAAAUAAUUCAUCCCAUAAAGCAAACAGUAAUGGCUUAAAGGACCACUCAAUGCAGUGGUCUGGGUGCCAGGUCCCUCUAGUUUUAACCCUGCAGCUGAAAACAUAGCAGUUUCAGAGAACCUGCUAUGUUUCACUGAGGGUUAAUCCAGCCUCUAGUGACUGUUACACUGACAGCCGCUAGAGGCGCUUCCCCGAUUCUCACAGUGAGAAGACGCUGGACGUCCAUAGGAAAGCAUUGAGUAAUGCUUUCAUAUGGGCUGUUUAAAUGCGCGUGCGGCUCUUGCCGCGCAUGCGCAUUCGGAUCUGACGUUGUCAGGUGGAGGAGAGUUCCCCAGCACAGAGGGAGCCUGGCGCUGGAGAAAGGUAAGUGGCUGAAGGGGUUUUAAGGUAAGUGGCCCUGAGGGUGGGGGGGACCUAAUGACUCUAUAGUGCCACGAAAAUGAGUUAGUUUUCCUGGCACUAUAGUGCUCGUUUAAAGACUCACAUAGAUGGUGUAGAAGCACAUGGCUAAAAGUGUUUUGUAAAUAACAUAACGAAAUAAUGCAGGAAGUGAUUAAUUCUCACUACACACAGUAUCAUAAAAGACUGCAACAUUAUACUUGAACUCAAACAAAAUAGUACAAAAUGAAAUGAAAAAAUCCCCACACCUUUAGGUUAAUGAAGCAGUUUUUGUGUAUAAAUCAUGCCCCUGCAGUCUCAUUGCUCAGUUCUCUGCCAUAUAGGCGUUAAAUCACUUUGUUUAUGCAGGCCAGGCCACACCUUCAUGCAUGUGACUUGCACAGCCUUCCUAAACACUUCCUGUAAAAAAACAUCUAAUGUUUACACUUCCUUUAGUGCACAGUCUGUUUAAUCAGGAAUUUCUUAUCUCCUGCUUUGUUAAUAUCCUUCUAGAGCAGGGAUAGGCAAACCUCGUCACUCCAGAUGUUGUGGACUACUUUUCCCAUGAUGCUCUUACAGCCUUAAUGUUGGCAAAGCAUCAUGGGAGAUGUAGUCAAGAACAUCUGGAGUGCCUAAUUAUGCCCACCCCUGUCCAGUGUGUAAUUAAAGUUCAAUUUACAGAGUAGGAGAUACAAACUUCUAAAGUAAGUUAACCUGAACAUUUUUUUUCAUGCAGGCUGCAUAAACAGAAACAAAAGUGAUUUAACUCCUAAAUGGCCGAUAAUUGAGCAGUGAGACUGCGGGUGCAUGAUCUAUACACCAAAACUGCCUCAUUAAGCUAAAGUUGUUUUGGUGCCUAUAGUGUUCAUUUAAAUCUGCAAUGUAAUCAUUGCAGGGUUAAAGGGGCAGAAUAUGAAGAGGUCUGGAUGUGUAUAGUGUCCCUUUAAUUGUGCUUUUAAUACUCUCGCUUUAUUGCUGAUAAAAGCAAUUUUCACUCUGUCUUUACCUGCAUGUUGUGUUAUUAAUUAAUGCAUUUAUAAAAAAAAUAAAACAUUCGCAUUCCAUUUUAUAUAUUUUUUUGUUUAAGUUCAAGUAUAAUGUUGUAGUUUUUUUUUUUACAAUGCAUUAGAUUAUAUGUGUUUAUCAUGUUUCCUCCGUAAAUGAAUUGAUACUCUGUGUAUAGUGGGAAUGAAUCAUUAUUGAUCCAUAUGCAGCUAUAAAAUCCUGCCACAAUGGAACUUGAGUGAUCUUCGAAAAAAUACGUUAUAUACGAAAUGCAUUGAUCUGUGCGCUUCAACACCAUCUAUGUGAGCCUAUAAGCCAUUACCGUUUGCCUUAUGUGAUGAAUUGUUUUUAAUCUUUUUGGAAUAAAGGAAAUAUAUUAUUUUAAUUGGCAUUUGGGGUGAAACUGAGAGGCGUGCCCAACAAUGCAAUCUGACAAAGUUUAUAGUAAGUUUAUAAAAUGUUCUUUACAUGUUUUUCUUGCUUUAUUUUGCUUUGUAUAUUUGUUUAGAAGUGUUUGCUUGGUGAUUUAAAAAAACCCUGUAAAAGUCUGAUUUUCCUAAAUAUCAUAAUUUUCAAAGUAUCUUUAGAAUCUGAUACACAACCUAUUUAGGCAAACAAAUACACAGGCUUUUUGUUUUUAUCGUUUCCACUGCUGUAAGUAAACUUUCCUUACUUCAAGUCUCAAAGAAUGGCCUCUUGUCCUAUGUACAUUCCUGUUAAAGGACCACUCUAGGCACCCAGACCACUUCAGCUUAAUGAAGUGGUCUGGGUGCCAGGUCCAGCUAGGGUUAACCCAUUUUUUCAUAAACAUAGCAGUUUCAGAGAAACUGCUAUGUUUAUGAAUAGGUUAAGCCUUCCCCUAUUUCCUCUAGUGGCUGUCUCAUUGACAGCCACUAGAGGCGCUUGCGUGCUUCUCACUGUGAUUUUCACAGUGAGAGCACGCCAGCGUCCAUAGGAAAGCAUUAUGAAUGCUUUCCUAUGUGACCGGCUAAAUGUGCGCGCAUUCAGCCAAUGGGGAGGAGAAGAGGAGGAUCGGAGGAGGAGAGCUCUCCGCCCAGCGCUGGAAAAAGGUAAGUUUUAACCCCUUUCCCCCUUCCAGAGCCGGGCCGGAGGGGGUCCCUGAGGGUGGGGGCACCCUCAGGGCACUAUAGUGCCAGGAAAACGAGUAUGUUUUCCUGGCACUAUAGUGGUCCUUUAAUAAACAGAUUACCAGACAGCUGUUUGUAUUGAUCCUGUAUAUAUUUGUAUAGGGUUAUAAUAUCCCCUCUUGGACACCUUUUUUCUAAAAUACACAAUUUCACAUUUUCUAGCCUUUCUGCAUAACUAAAAUUUUCAAUUCCCCUUAAUAAUUGUGUAGGCUACAUUGGACAUUUUCUAAUUUCCUUUUUUUUCUUUUUUCUUUAAACGAUGCCUAAAUUUGCAUCGCAUAUUUAAGAUGGUGUCUUACCAUGGAUUUAGAAAUAGACAAAAUAAUAGUGUAAUUACAUGAAUUUGUACCCCUUUUUAUGCAAGAAUGUACAUUACUGCCCUUUGGAACUGCUGACCGACAUUGCACAUUGUUGCCCAGUUUCUUGCUUAUAAUUAUUCCCAAGUCAUUCUCUUUAACAGUGAUCCCCAACUCAACCCCCUUUUAGGGAAUAAGCUGCUUGUGGGUUCCUCACCCCAAAAUGCAUAACUUUGUUCUGAGAAAUCCUCUUUUUCCUGGUAAUGUGCCACUGGGUGCGAAAUGCAUUGGGCCUCUUACACCCCGCCCCACCCUUCUCGCUCAGCUAGCAUUUAGGAAUAAAAUAACAUUUUCCAUUAUUGAAGGUAUUUAUUCUCCAGCAUGAAUUGUACCUACUCCUACCCCUUGACCUUUACCCAGAGGUCAUCUACUAAGGCUUCUGACCAUAUUUAAUUCAUGUGCUUUUGUUUGAUCUCCUGACAUUAUUUCUACGAUGAUGUAUUACAGCUUUAGGGGUCUUGUUUUUUUCCUUCCAUGAUAAUCACCUGGUUCAUUUCUGGUCCUCAAGGGCUGUUUGAGAAGCUUUGAUCUCUGGUUCUGAUAGGAAUUACCUUCAUAAAAGCUUGAAGUCAGAACAGGAUGAGCUUAGUUUAGACCCAGAGUUAUUGAAGAUGUGGGUCAGCAUUGCCUUACGCAUGGUUGGACAUUUUGUCCAAGAUGUUCUUGUUCCUGAAUUUUUUUUCCAAUUCCUGCUGUGCGGUUAGUCUGAUGUUACGUUGAAGGUCAAGACAAGAGGCAAUGGGGACCUAAAAACAAAGUGACCGGUUUCUCUUUCCAUGCAGACAUCAUGGUUCUUGUGGCCUCCAUCGCAGUCCUGGCUGCAGGUUCCCAGGGGAAUGUCUUUGCUACAUCUGCCCUUAGAAGUCUGAGAUUCUUGCAGAUUCUGCGCAUGAUUCGUAUGGACCGGAGAGGAGGGACAUGGAAACUUCUGGGCUCAGUGGUGUAUGCACACAGCAAGGUAAAUAUAUUGUUCAAAUGCGUAUGUGUCUUGGUGACGCCAUUAACAUGUCUACAAUACAAGGUCACAAGUCGUCACACGCACACAGCAAGAUAAAUUCACCAACAUGCACUCAGAAGAAUAGGCUAAGGACUCAAAGUCCUUAUUACAUAUUACUAAAUGAUUAUUACAUUUUACUAAACACAAGAAAACAUACAAUAUCAAACAUAUUGUAACCACUAUACUCAACCACUAGAGGCUCUAUUUCUGUACAGUCCAAGGAGGGAGUCAAUCUGAAAGUCACUGUUUAGGAGAGCUCUAGCCGGGUUUUUAGAUUUUAGUAGAGAGCACCAUGGCUACGCAGCACUAGUGAUGGACUUAUCACUAAUAUUAUUGAAGUGUUCUCUCCCUAUAUAGCUUUUUAAAAAACAUUAUCGUUGGGAGAAGCUACCCCUCGUGGGUAAAGACCUGCCAAGGUCCUUACUCCUGCUCAUACAGAAGCAGAGUUGUGAUUAAAUUAAUGAGCAGGAUUUUUUGAGGAUUCCUUCUUGGUUUCUUCCCCUCUAACUCCUUUGUUAAUCUAGAAUUAGACAACUUUCCAGCAUUUAACCUGAUGCUGGUUUGCUGGAGGUUGAAUCGGAAUUGGAGCAUUUGAAAUAUAAAUUUGACGUUCCAUGUUACUUUAACUGAUUGGCAUCUCACUACUUAGUAGAUCAGCCUCUUUUUAGGAUUAGCUGCAAGUUGGCAUACGUUGAUUGACCUGGGGGGAAGUUUUACCUCCCCCUUAAAUAAGUCAGAGGCGGUGGAGUUAUUCUUGACGAAGGUGCAUUAUGCACCGAAACGUGCGUUGGGCGUUUGAUUGUAAUUUUAGUGUAAUAUAUAGUCCCUUGUGUAUGUAUGACCCUUCAGCUCCAGUAUCGCCUGCAUGUCAUUGUAGGCAGGUAACAAUCACUCUUAAAGGCACUUAAAUGCUACUCCUGAUUGUUUUUGAGAUCCCUGAAUCUCUGAAUCUUAUCAUUGAUCAAAGCGCCCACGGAAUUCCACAGAUCGUUCUCCUGAGACACUGAUACCCCACUGUGUGUGUGACUUACACUUCUCCUAAACAGCCAUUUUCACCAUUUUAUUUUUCAUUUUUUUUAUUUGUUAAAUUCACAAACGUGUGUAAAUAGACAGAAUGGGACAGAUGUGCAGACAGGAACAUUUAGCACCAUCAGUUCUUACAUGAGUCCUUAAAAUGUGUUCUAUUCCUGGAACACACAUAAUAAUAAUAUUUUGUAACUGUCAUUUCACCAGUAAUAAUGACACCAAAAAAUGAUCAUAUCCUAUUACUCAGCACCACAAACAAAUGUGCAGAUAUUACUAAUAAUACAAAUAUACAUUUUAAAUUGUGCAUGGGAUUUUUUAUGCUAUGAACCAGAAUAUUGACAUCACACACAUUUUUCUUUUCUGAUUGUUGGCAACCCUUGUGAUUGUUGUUUGCUCCCGUUUGAAGGAGCUGAUAACUGCCUGGUACAUUGGAUUCUUGUGCCUUAUCCUGGCUUCCUUCCUGGUAUACCUGGCAGAGAAGGAGGAAAAUAACAUGUUUGAUACCUAUGCAGAUGCCUUGUGGUGGGGACUGGUGAGUUCCGAUGCCAUUACUGGAAUAAUGCAGAUUAAUACAGCUCUAAACCUGGCAAUUUCGUUUUUAUCGUUUCUCUCUUUAGAUUUUUAGCCUUCACUUGCUCCUUUAGUAAUGCAAACCUUUCAAAACUCUAGUACCACAACCCUGGGCUCCUCAAACAUUUCCUCACUUGAGCAUUCCAUACUCUGUGUCUCCAAUCUUUAGAGCCCCAAACUACUCCAGUCACUAUUAUCGGCAUUCUCUAGAUCACAAAUCUCAUGGUUUUCCUCCUCAUAUAAAUACAAUGUUGAUAUAAUCACAAUAGGCAAGGGUUUAAUGACUCCAGUAAAGCAUUGGAGUAAGAUCAGGUCUGCUCACAAUGGCUAGGAGGUCCAACGUGAAGGUCGGUCUCGUACUGUUAGUAACUUGACAAAAUCCUGAUGCAUUCCUUUAUCAUACUGCCUUAACUGCCCCGGGUCAAUCCUUCUAACCAAUUAUAUAUUGCAUUCGUGAAUCUGGGCCCUUCCUUAGAUUUUGUGCAGAAUAAUAAAUAUUUGAUAUUCCUAGUUUAAUAACUCAUGUCAGUUUAAUUUCAGUCAUGUUUUUGAAGCUGUUUUUGGUAAUGGUAAGGUAAUUAUGUGCAUUAUUUUCUUUAUCUGGUCUCCAGAUUACACUCACCACAAUCGGUUAUGGAGAUAAAUAUCCCAAGACGUGGAACGGCCGACUUCUCGCUGCUACCUUCACUCUGAUUGGUGUCUCAUUUUUUGCUCUUCCCGCUGUAAGUUUAGCGAUUAUGAAAGCUAUUCCAGGGUCAGUGUGGACCAUACACAGAUAUUAAUACAUUUAUUGCAAGGUUUAUAAUUCAGUGUUUGUUUGUUUUUGCACCAUUUGUUUUUCGUUUUAUAUAUGUUUUUGGAUGUGUAUUUAUAUAAAGGACUCUGCUUUGGUGGCAGCACUUAUUUAUUUGUUGGUUUUAUUUGCUAAUCUUUUGCUGCACUUUAUUAGGUCAAAACUCACUGUAUAUUGAACAUGUGGGCAAGAUAUUUGCAGGAUCAGAUUAUUUCUCAAAGUUUGCAUUUUACUUUAACUAACUUUAACUUGUGCCCCCUUGCUCAUUUUUAACAGGUUUUUGUCCUCUUGCUGAGUUUUGACCGGUCCUUGUCCUCUUGCUCCUUUAUGACCGGUCUUUGUCCUCUUGCUCAGUUUUGACUGGUCCUUGUCCUCUUGCUCAGUUUUGACUGGUCCUUGUCCUCUUGCUCAGUUUUGAUUGGUCCUUGUCCUCUUGCUGAGUUUUGACCGGUCCUUGUCCUCUUGCUCAUUUUUGACUGGUCCUUGUACUCCUGCUCAGUUUUGAUUGGUCCUUGUCCUGUUGCUCAUUUUGACCGGUCCUUGUCCUCUUGCUCAGUUUUGACUGGUCCUUGUCCCGUUGCUCAGUUUUUGCCGGUCCUUGUUGCUUGUUUUUUGCAGGAUCUUGUCCUCUUGCUCAUUUUCUUUGACAGUCUUAUCCCCUUGCUCAGCUUUUGACGGUUCUUAUCUCCUUGCUCAUUUUGUGCAGGUCCUUAUCUCUUUGCCUGUUUUUUUGCCAGUCUUUGUCCUCUUGCUCCUUUUUACAGGUCCUUAACUCUUUGCUCAUUUUUUGCAGAUUCUUGUCCCUUUGCUUGGUUUUUGCAGGACGGUAUCCCCUUGCUAGUUUUUUGCAGGACCUUGUCCUCUUACUCAGUUUUUGCAAGUCCAUAUCCCAUCGCUCAGUUUUUGCAGGUCCAUAUCCCAUCGCUCAGUUUUUGCAGGUCCAUAUCCUAUAGCUCAGUUUUUGCAGGUCCAUAUCCCAUCACUCAGUUUUUUAGGUCUUUAUCUCUUUGCUAGUUUUUGCAGGUUCUUGUCCACAUGCUCAGUUUUUCCACAUCUGUAUCCCUUUGCUUGUUUUUUGCCAAUCAUUGUCCCCCUUAGUUUUUGAAGGUCUUGUUUUUUUUACCGGUCCUUGCACACUAGUGCUUUUGAUCAGGUCUCCCCUUCACAGUUCUUUAAGUUCAUAAAUCUUUCUUUCAGGCAUAGUACCAAUGUUUUACAUAGUGUACUCUUACAGGGAAUUCUUGGAUCGGGGUUUGCACUUAAAGUUCAAGAGCAGCAUCGACAGAAACAUUUUGAAAAGAGGCGCAAUCCAGCGGCAGGAUUAAUUCAGGUAAGAUAUCACUAAACAUUGAGCCUAUUGGUUCUAUCCUGCUUAGCCUGUGUUAGACAUUGUGUAGGAGACGCUAUGUUUAUACCAAGACUCUGCCCACCACUGUCACACAGCAGGCACUCCUUGCAAAUGGUUAGAAAAUAGUGUUUUUAAACAAAUGGUGACAAGGAUUUGGGAAAGUUGAUAACAGAUCAAUUAGAAUGAGCCACACGCUUGAUAAACUUUGUCUAAAACCAAAUAUAAAUUGACGCAGUGAGACCAUUGUAUAAUUCAAGAGUUUUUCUGCCUAUUUUCCUUUUCAGUCUGCCUGGAGAUUCUACGCCACCAAUCUGUCCCGGUUAGAUCUCCACUCUACCUGGCAGUAUUACGAGCGGACAGUCACGGUGCCCAUGUACAGGUAUCACAUCACAUGUAUGACAUCAUCAUUCCAUCUCUGACAUGGUUUCCCAAGUGCAGUGUGCAGGCAAUGCCCCUUUGUGUCAUCGUUUAACUAUUUUAAGUUGCUUUAUUUUAACUAUUUAAGUUGUUUUAUUUUAAUUCCAUAUUUUUCAUUUUGCGUUAUUCUAAAUUCCUGUUAAUUUUGCAUUAAUUUUGUUCUUUUUUUUGUGUGUGUGUGUUUUCCUUGUUUUCUUUUUUUAUUAUUUUUUUCACACUCAUCCUACUCAUCUCUCCCCAUUACACCUAGCCUUAUAUUGUGUCAUAUCUACACCUGAAGACGGCUUGCACCCAAUGGAUAUAUGGUAACUACUUUUUAAAUAAUGGUGUGAUGUGGAGUGUGGUGUGAUUUUGCUGAAAUCAGGUGAUGUUUUUUAAUUUGAUCUUCAUUGAGAAUUAUACCCACAGCAAUAUUUGAUCCUACUUAACUGCCAGGAAUUGUUAUGACUGCACUGAGCACUUACAAGGAAGUUAGUUGUCCCUGUGAUAGAUCACUGGCCUGCUUAGAUGUCAUCAUCAUAUGGCACUGAAAAAGUUAGAUUUCACUGUGAUUGGGCACAAAAAUGUAAUGAAGCACUGAGAUGAUUAGUUGUCACUGUCAUGGAGCACUGAGAAGGUUAGAUGUCACUGUUACAGAGCACUGAGAAGGAUAGAUGUCACUGUUACAGAACACUGAGAAGGUUUGAUGUCACUAUCAUAGAGCACUGCGAAGGUUAGGUGUCACUGUCAUAGAGCACUGCGAAGGUUAGGUGUCACUGUCAUGGAGCACUGUGAAGGUUAGAUGUCACUGUUAUGGAGCACUGAGAAGGCUAGAUGUCACAGUUAUGGAGCACUGAGGAGGCUAGAUGUCACAGUUAUGGAGCACUGAGAAGGUUAGAUGUCACUGUUAUGGAGCACUGAGAAGGCUAGAUGUCACUGUCAUAGAGCACUGAGAAGGCUAGAUGCCACUGUCAUGGAGCACUGAGAAGGUUAGAUGUCACUGUUACAGAGCACUGAGAAGGCUAGAUGUCACUGUUACAGAGCACUGAGAAGGUUAGAUGUCACUAUCAUAGAGCACUGCGAAGGUUAGUUGUCACUGUCAUAGAGCACUGUGAAGGUUAGAUGUCACUGUUACGGAGCACUGAGAAGGUUAAAUGUCACAGUUAUGGAGCACUGAGAAGGUUAGAUGUCACUGUUACAGAGCACUGAGAAGGCUAGAUGUCACUGUUACAGAGCACUGAGAAGGUUAGAUGUCACUAUCAUAGAGCACUGCGAAGGUUAGUUGUCACUGUCAUAGAGCACUGUGAAGGUUAGAUGUCACUGUUACGGAGCACUGAGAAGGUUAAAUGUCACAGUUAUGGAGCACUGAGAAGGUUAGAUGUCACUGUUACAGAGCACUGAGAAGGCUAGAUGUCACUGUUACAGAACACUGAGAAGGUUUGAUGUCACUAUCAUAGAGCACUGCGAAGGUUAGGUGUCACUGUCAUAGAGCACUGCAAAGGUUAGUUGUCACUGUUAUGGAGCACUGAGAAGGCUAGAUGUCACAGUUAUGGAGCACUGAGAAGUCUAGAUGUCACUGUUAUGGAGCACUGAGGAGGCUAGAUGUCACAGUUAUGGAGCACUGAGAAGGUUAGAUGUCACUGUCAUAGAGCACUGAGAAGGUUAGAUGUCACUGUUAUGGAGCACUGAAGGCUAGAUGUCACUGUCAUAGAGCACUGAGAAGGCUAGAUGCCACUGUCAUGGAGCACUGAGAAGGUUAGAUGUCACUGUUACAGAGCACUGAGAAGGUUAGUCGUCACUGUCAUGGAGCACUGGGAAGGUUAGAUAGUACUAUCAUGGAAUACUGAAAAGGUUAGACGUCACUGUCAUGGAGCACUGAGAAGGCUAAAUUUCACUGUUAUAGAACACUGAGAAGGUUAGAUUUCACUAUGGAGCAUUGAGAAGGUUAGAUGUCACAGUUAUGGAGCACUGAGAAGGUGAGAUAUCACUGUCAUGGAGCACUGAGAAGGUUAGACGUCACUGUUAUGGAGCACUGCGAAGGUUAGAUGUCACUGUCAUGGAGCACUGAGAAGGCUAGAUGUCACUGUGUGUUGUGAACCAUUUCAGAGUUUAACCGCUGGAAAAACAGGCUAGAGACAUUGAAGAAACUGGUCAGAAUGACAUUAGUUAGACUUGCAAGAUGAGAAAUUCAUGCCUUGUUUGCCUCUCGUUGCUUAGCGACCAUUAUUCACCAUCAGUGCUGAUAGAGCAGAUGUGGUUUAGACUUUUGUUCUACUGUUGAACAUUAGUAGGUACACAGAAACGUCAGUCAGUAAAAGAUAUGCCGUAACUCGACAAUCUUUCUGCAUCGUCUACCAAUGUGGAGAGAUAACUCCGAAGUUAUACAGUGUCUAAAAAUAUAGAGAGAUUGCUACUAAGUGAUAACUGUUGGUGUGUUCACAUAGUUGCUGGUGUGUAGAUCUGAACUGAUCCAGGUGAGUGUGCAGAGAAUGCAUCCUGUGCUGACAAGGUGUAUUAACUGCUGGGUUCCUGGCAGCAAAAAUUAUUGCUUAGACCUUGAACUGUCUUAGUUCAGUGAAAUAUUGCCUAAAUUAAUGUACAAUGAUUGGUACAUCCAGCUCAGUAGCCAAAUUCUCAUACUUUAGUACAUUUCAGGCAGUCAUGUUCAGUGUCUAGAAGGUGCUUUUUGGGUUUUGAGAUUCUUGUAGGACCCUUCUUCUUGGGUGGUUUAAGACCCAGAGAGCUGCUUUGCAUGAACGCUGACAGCCUAGCUGCCAUAUUCCCAGUCAUAUAGUAAAAUGCCCACAGUCUAGAAGCAUGUCUUACUAUGUUUCUGGGCAUUAAUUGACUCUGCUUGACCUGCAGGCAGACCCAGGGCUCCACUUAGUGGGUAACUAUCUUGUAUAUUGACAAAUAUUUUUUUACUAAUGGUUUCAGUAGAAUUGGUGCUUCUCAUAAAAGUGAAACAAUCACCGUGGAAAGAAAUGGAAUGUCUUGUUGAUUGCUCUAGAUCGAUGAAGAGUUGACCCGUUGGAGUGAUUUUCCUUCUUAUUCUAAUAGCCACAUAUGUACUGCAGUGUGCAAAAUCUCUCCAGCAAAGCACUCUAAGCACCAUAACUACUGUAGCUCAUUGUUACUUUUAUAGUGGGAUGAUUAAACAAACAGGGCUCUCUCAGUACCUAAAGCAGACACAUCUUCAUUACCAAUCCAAGCUUAGACUUCUGUGAUGGGGCAGUUUAGCUCAGCACCCCAGGGUUGACAGGCUUUGGACAGUAAACGCAGAAGUGAAACAGUCAAGCCACAGAAGAGGGUCCUGACUUUUGAUGCUGGAGAGUCAAACAGUUUGAUAAAAUCCAGUGGGACCAAUAAUCUAUUAGCACUAUAACCACUACACUGAGUUCUUAGCAUGUCCCUUUGACAUUUAUAUAUUUGUCAGGGCUAGCAUUCUGUAGCUGACAUUAGAUGACAACUCUCUUCUAGAUGAAGAAGAAUCUUACGUUUAACCAAACAAUUCUGUCACUGUCUUUCAUCUAGAUGUCAAGUGAACAUAGGAUUUAUGGUUUGCAAGGUCUGAACAUAACCCUCAUCUACUAUGCCCCCUGUAGGUUACCCAGUGCUGACAUAUCUGCUUUUGAGUAUCUACCCCUCAUAUAGUUGCUAUAGAUUGCCCACCCCAUAUCUAUCCGCUAUAGAUUGCCCACCCCAUAAAUACCCUCUAUAAAUUGCCCAUCCCUUAUAUCUCCGAUAUGGAUUUCUGGUUCGUUAUGUAACUGCUAUAGAUUACAUACAUCAUCCCAUAUUUAAUAUAGAUUGCCUAUUCCAUAUCUACCUGCUAUAGAUUGUCCAUUUCUUAUAUACCCACUAUAGGUUUUCUGUCCUUGCAGGAACUUCAAGAUUAUUAAUUAGCAAACCAAACAUCUUUCUGGAUAGUUUGUCUCAUGAAUGAAACACACAUUAGUAAAUGUCCUUCAGAAGAUACCAUCUUGCCAUCCUCAUACUUCUAGGCUGUCUCCAAUUGUUUGUCUUCCUGUUGCCCACACUGAAUCCUAAUGUGAGGGUACCCCUUUCUAUAAGUAAAUGUUUCUAGGGUGGUCAGAACAUUCAGUCCAUUGCCUGACCACUGAAAGCAAAGCCUCCUCAAAAAAGGUUUGAUGUUUUCUGUUUUUUUCCCUCUUUUCCCCAUUCCUGUUGUUUCGGAGAACAGCUCCCAAGCUUACGGAGCCUCCAGGUAGGCGGUGAUUGUCUGUAGCAGUGACUGUCCCCAUCCUACCUGGCGUCGUGCUUGUGUUGUAUUGUAACAACUGUGGUAUGUGUACGCACAAGUAUUGCAAACAUUUUGUGAUGAAUCUAUCUAAAUAUUUGUUAAUGUAGACUUUCCAAACCAUCAUCCACCAUUCGACAUGGCUCACCAGAUCAACUUAUGUCUUUCCUUGUUCAGAUCCGAAAGAAAACUGCUUCUUAUAGCAUUGCCAGACUAAACAAGUCUCUUUUAUAUCCUUUAUUUUCGGGGGUUCUAAGACAAACUCAGAGAUGCCUAAUGUUUACAUAAAUAAGGCAUUUGGCAUCGGAGGAUUAGGAGAUUAUAUAAAUUUAAAAAACACCCAAACCCUAUUUUCUGGCCCAAAAGCAAGAUUUUUUCUUUUGUAAUUGCUAGUAAAUAAAUGGCUGUUUAGUUGGGCUUGAAGACCAUUUAUUAGUUGCUUCCUAUACAAACCGUCCUUUAUUUAUGAUUUCCUUUGCCUGUUAUGCGUAUUAUUGGAGUAUGGGGAUUUGGUACCCUUUUAAUUGUAGAAAUAUGGUAAGAAGUAAAUUGUUGUUUCUUCAUAACCUGGUGAGCAACGAGACACAGUCUUGUUCAAAGGAAUUAAAUACAAAGAUGGCCGCUCAUUCAUUUUUUAUUCAGAACUUUUCUUCAGGGUUAAUUGUCGGUAAUUCAAAGAAAAUGUAAAAUUUUAUGCAAAACUAGCUCAACUGAAAACCAAGCUGAAUUGGCGGUUUGAACAGAAUUUUGGGCAAUUCACAUAACCUUGUGAAUUGAGUGUGAAACUAAGCUUACUUUGAGAUUGGACGAGAUGGGAGCUAGGGUUAAUAUAACGCCACUGACAAUGAAAUUACCACCAAGAAAAAACGUUUGUUUAAAUACCGUCACAGUUAACACAUUCUCAUAUCCAGGAGUGUGAAUGUAAGGGCUGACAUAAAAAACCCCACAUUUUAUAACUGAUCCUGUGUUUCUUUUCUCACAGAUCAAUUAACAGUAGUUAAAUAUUCCGUCCAUAAAAAGUGAGCUGUUAAAAUGAACAUAACAUAUAAUGACACUUUUAUCUGAAAAAACUUUAAAUGUCAACUCUUUUAUUUAAAGGAAAAUCCUCCGCUUGACCUUUCAACCCUAAAAUAACGCCAAAAAUGACCGAACAUAUUAAAACUAACUCGUUGCUAGUUUUAUCCAUACCCAAUUUAAAACAAAUUGCAAAACAGACAGCCAGACGUGGUAGGGUGCCAUUGUUUUGUUUGCACUUUUGGAAUGAUACAGAUCACUAGAAAUAAGUGUGCGCAGCGUUUACAAACCCUUUACUGUUCGGCAAUGCUUCUGCACGUUGAAAUGCAGCUUUGGUUGUGGUGUUUUGUAAUCAGUGUUGAGAUGUGUUACUGUGAAUUAUGUUGUAUCUUGUUUGUUGUGUUACAAUGUGUCUUGUCGGCUUGUGGUUCACUUUGUGGUUGUGGUUCUGUAUUUGAGAAUCUGCUUCUUGGUCAACCCUGAUCAAAACCAUCAUAGUAAAAAACAUUUUAGUUCUCGCUGUAACAUCCCACCUGGUUCACUCUCAGACUUUCCGUGUGAUAUUAUCUCUCCGUAUAUAACAUCCCUGAUUGCCAAAUUCCUACAGCCUUGGUGCUAAUUUAGUUUUUUUUGCUAUUUACAGACUGAUCCCUCCUCUCAACCAGCUGGAUCUUCUGAGGAAUCUAAAGAGCAAAUCGGGACUCACUUUCAGGUCAGAUGUGCCGAUGAGGGCAGUGAUUAUUGCGAUUGACUUGCAGAAUGCCAAGAUUUUGUCAGAUAAUUCCUAUGCUCAUAUUUUUCACUGUAAACAAUCUUUUUCGAGACUAUUGAUAAGAACCAGUUUUUAUUUGAUUUUGUUAUUACGCUGUGUUUUAAAUUAUGAACUUGAUCCCUCGUAAUAGUGAAGGGAAAGCCAGGCAUUAUGAAAUAUUUUUGGGAUAAUCUUGUAUUUUCCAUUUUGUUCACUUCUUACCCUCUCCUGAUUUUUAGUGUAAGGGACAUUUUCAUGGACAAACAUAUAUACCAUUUUAAAAAAACAUGACUGUAAUUCCUUACUGUGCUCCUCAAGGGUGGAAUAAAUUUAGCCACACCCAUGAGUAGAGAGGGAGGAACAACACUGGAUAAUAUGAUAACCUGUAAAAUAUAUGUAAGAUCUUCAGACGGGGCACUUCUUUAAAAACUAGAAUGACAGAGCUUUAAAAAGAUCAGAAAAUCUGUGAUAACUAAAUUUUUAUUAUUUCCUUAAAUAUUACAAAAAUAUAUCUCCCAGGAAUUUGAAUUAAACAAAUAGUUUAUUAUAGAAUUAGUUUGCAUAAAUCAUACAUUUUUAAAAAAAAGUUUUUGUUUUUUUUUUAUUUCCCAGCCGGAGCGUCCCCACAAAAAAAUUGUGGGACAUGUAGGCCUUAUCUGGAUUUUUAAGUUUUAAUUGCAACAUAAUUGGAGGGGAGAAACUUCCUCUAGAGGUACACAGUGUGGCUUGGCUUUAUCUAUAGGCUUUUAAAAUGAUCUCAACCUAAAAAAGUUCCAAAUGAUUUACCUACACAAGCCACCAUUACUAGCUAUAGGGAGAUUUGUAGAUAAAUCAUUUGGGACGUUUUUCUAGCAGUAUUGAAUCGUUUGGAAGGCUCACUAAAUCAAAGCCAUAGCUUAUUCGUUAAAUCAGGAAAUUACAAAAAGAAAGAUUAGCAAAUUUUGGGCCACUAGAGCCACAAAAAAAAACCCAAUAAAAAAUCUCCAGCUCCAUAAUUUUCCUUUUUUGGCCUAAAGUUUGUAAUUUGCAUUGUGAGUUAAAUCCCCAGUGGGAGACAUAGAAGGUUGAUGUAGAUCGGUACAGCAACGCCCAAAGUCCACCACACUCCAAACCCAGGCUGUUCCUAGAACCCUCGUCCCACAGAUCCUUCCACUCCUGGUACCAGGGUCUCGAGAGAGAAUGUUUUGCUUCUCUAGGUUGUGGACGGCAGAUAGGGGUAGCAACGUUCUGGGUUCCCAGUCCAGAAGAGCAGCAGUUGUCAUAGACACCACUGGCUAAUUGGGUGAGUAUUUGGUUUCGCUGUGAAAUUCUGUGCCAGAAUGUCACGCAUGUGGCUGCAAAUGCAGCAUUAAAUCUUAUUUCCCAUCUUCAUCGAGACCCCCCCAACCGCAGGACUGACUCGGGAGUCAUCGUAAAACAUCCACAUGGAGUUUAAGUUUCCAUUAUGUCACAGGAAUUGCAAAUCACACAAACAGAGGUUCUAAAUAGAUGUAUUACUGGGCCUUAGAGUGUCCGGAAUUAACGUAAGAACGAUAAAGACAGAGUCAGUAAUAGCCAAGGUCAGAAUUAUAGAAAUACAGAUAAACGGAAUAACACACCAGGUCAGGAUACCAGAAAUACACAAAGUCUGAACAAGCCACAGUCAAUAUCAGAAUCAAUAUCUCGAGUGAUUUACUAUAAACACUAACGUGUAUCAUGGCAGGAACCACGAUAGGGCAAGAUAACAGCCCAAAUUAGCAUUAUAUAAGCCACCAAUGUCUUUGCUUGGUCCACGUCAUCUCUGUGACUUCAAAAUGUUUGAUAAUGAAGUCGUCUGGAUGACCUGGUCACUUUAAGGGUGGGUGUGAUGUCACAGCAUUUGAAUUAAUAAAAGACGCACCAUUAAAACGGCAGCAUCUAAUAUUAUGCAACGAAGAAAAUGGCUAAGAGGAUUUCGGCCCAUGCGAACCAGCAGAGGGAGCUAUUCACCAGGCUGAAUGGGAAGUAUGAAGGAUUCACUGUUCAGGCUGCAUGGCCAAAUGGAGCGCUCAGGCUGCGCAGCCUGAGGAAGGGGGCAGCGCAGGCUCACAAAGCUUUUGGCUCGCACGGCCCUAUGAGGAGAGCAGUGUGGGCGUCAGGAGCAGGGAGGUACGUUACACAUACAAGAGGGUGGCGAGGUAGAGAGCAAGCUUUAGAUAUCCCCCGCCGGUCCAGAGGGGGGUAACGGGGCACUAAUAGCGUAGCACAUCAUCUAGCCCAUACUGAGCCACGAGAUCAGCCACCGCCCUCGGCUUCAGAGCCAGGCAGACUUGGCUGCAAGGUAGCUCUUGGCAUCUACUUCAUGAUUAGCUGCGCUUGGAGGUAUUAGAAUGUACCCAGAGGUACUAGGCCGCUGUCAGGGAAGUAUAGAGAAAGUGACUAUAUAUGUCCAGGAAUGCAGAGCUUGAGAAAGUUGGGACUUUUUAUUUAAUGUUAUAUUUACUGUUAUGUUAUAUUUUUAGAUACUGGGAUCCAGUGCGAUUAAAACUGAAACCAGAAACUGUGCUCUCGCAGUAAGAAUCUGUGUCUCCCUAAACCUCUCCCUGAGCCUAAUCCUAAACGCUAACGUUCUAUUAAUCACAUAGAGACACCAAAUAUUUCAAUCAGUUCAGAAUAUUAAAUAAACCUACUAAACUCCACACCUGCUACUAACCCCAAAUCGGUCUUUAUUAACACAAAGCCGCGCUGUAUUAACCACAAACCGUGCUUUAUUAACCCCCGAGCUGCGCUGUAUUAACCCUCGAGCUACGCUGUAUUAACCCCCGAGCUGCGCUGUAUUAACCCCCGAGCUACGCUGUAUUACCCGCAAACCGCGCUUUAUUAACCCCCGAGCUGCGCUGUAUUAACCCCCGAGCUACGCUGUAUUACCCACAAACCGUGCUUUAUUAAUCCCCUAGCUGCGCUGUAUUACCCGCAAACUGCGCUUUAUUAACCCCCGAGCUGCGCUGUAUUAGCCCCCGAGCUACGCUGUAUUACCCACAAACCGUGCUUUAUUAACCCCCUAGCUGCGCUGUAUUAACCCCACCCGACACUGUAUUAACCCCCGAGCUGCGCUGUAUUAACCCCCGAGCUGCGCUGUAUUACCCGCAAACCGCACUUUAUUAACCCCCAAGCUGUGCUGUAUUAACCCUCGAGCUACGCUGUAUUAACCGAAAACCGCGCUUUAUUAACCCCCGAGCUGCGCUGUAUUAACCCCCGAGCUACGCUGUAUUACCCGCAAACCACGCUUUAUUAACCACCGAGCUGCACUGUAUUAACCCCCGAGCUUCGCUGUAUUACCCGCAAACCGCGCUGUAACGGAUCGCCUGGCACCCCGACUGGGUACCUCCGUUGAAGGAUGCUCUUAGCGCUUCCUGAGGACUCCAAGCACUCUGGCAGACACCACAAUCACCGAAUCUGAGAAGCAUAGGAAUCCUCUCUAGCAUAUGAAUGCUGUAGACAGUUGAAUAGGAACCAUACGAAUAGGUUUACUCUCCUAGCAGUCAAACUGGAACAGCAUACAAUAAAUCCUUCCCCCAAUAAUGAGACAACACUUCACUUUGAGGGUUAAACAGGAACUCCUGUGCUGGCACACCCAGCCUGGUUUUUAUUACAGCCUUUCACAUACAGGACCGCCCACAGGGAGGUAUAAAACAACCAAUCACAUAUCAGUUACAUCCCACAUAUUCCCUCCCCUUAUCCUGAGAGGAAACUCAAUUACACAUACAGUUAAAACAUACUUUCUACCCAACUUUCAUAACUCUAAAACUAUACAUUACAUUCACAUAAAAUUACAUAUUCACAAUCAAUCCAUUCAGGGGAACAACAUAUUAAAAAUGGCAUGAAUCCGACCAGGGGUUCAAAAGUUAGUAAAAGUAUCUUUUGGGCCCUGGCUGGCACAUGGCUAUCUGGCUCAAACAGGUUUUACAGAGCCCUCUAUCCUGGAGACAAUGGAGGAAAGUAAUCCAAUUAUCCAGGGAUAGAGGCAGACUCCAUUGAGCACAUGGUUGCAAAAAGACAUAAAACACUUUAAAAUACAUAAAGUCACCUUUUACACAUAACACACCGACAUUUCACAUAUCCCCAGAUAGCUGGGAUCUGAGCGCACAAAACUACCGAAUAGCGCUCAGAUCCUAUUCACACAGUUCAAUUGCCAUGGAGCCGAAGUCUUUAACUACACGAAUGGGCUCCAUGGCAUAGCUAUCUGGGUUAACACAUUCACAUAAAGUCUGGUCCAUAGUCCAAAGGCAAGAGGCGGGCAAACAGCCCCCUCCAAGGACACAUGGCGAGGCCGGUUUCGCCACACGCGCUUUAUUAACCCCCGAGCUACGCUGUAUUACCCGCAAACCGCGCUUUAUUAACCCCCGAGCUGCGCUGUAUUAACCCCCGAGCUGCGCUGUAUUAACCCCCGAGCUACGCUGUAUUAACCGCAAACCGCGCUUUAUUAACACCCGAGCUGCGCUGUAUUAACCCCCAAGCUAUGCUGUAUUAACCGCAAACCGCGCUUUAUUAACCCCCGAGCUGCACUGUAUUAACCCAACCGGACACUGUAUUAACCCCCGAGCUGCGCUGUAUUAACCCCCGAGCUGCGCUGUAUUAACCCCCGAGGUACGCUGUAUUAACCGCAAACAGCGCUUUAUUAACCCCCACGAGCUGCGCUGUAUUAACCACAAACUAUGCUUUAUUAACCACCGAGCUGUGCUGUAUUAACCCCAAGUCAUGCUGUGUUAACGAACCCUGCACCUCACAGCAUUAAAUACUGCAGCCAUAGCUAUCCAUUUUGUUAUAACAAGGUGUGUUAAAUUAUCACUAAUUAUGUAACUGCAGAUGUUGGAGCAAUGAAAGAAGAUUUCUCUGACAAAAUCACUGGAAAUAUUGCAUUGCGCUCAGCUGCCAAUUCCUAAACUGAAAGAUUUAACCUUAAAGCAUGGUGAAAUGGGGUGUUCUGGGAUAUUAAAGUGGCACUGUGACCGUCUGGGGACUUUGCAGAUUUCGCAAAGACCCCCGAAGGUGACAUUGCUGCUGGGAGUCUUUUUCUAUUGCGUCCUCUUAAGCUCCCGUCGAUCCACCACCAGGAGUUGGCGUCACUGCUGUACUCUCGCGCAUUGAGCAUUGAGGUGACCUCCAUAGACAGAGCCAGUUCCCCGCAGCCACUGGUGACGGUUGUCGGGAUUGACACUGUAGCUCCGCCCAGAGGUGGAGGAAGUCCCUACUUUGUCUCAGUAUAUCUCUCAAAUGGGUUGGAAUUUCAGUGAAAUUGCAACACAGUCAAUGCUAGUAUUUCAUAAAGAUUCUAUCUUCAUGAAAAAGUAAUCUUUCAGUGGGUGGGGGUUGACAAUGACGCUUUAACUCCUUGUUCCCCACAGUAAAAACGUGUCGGAUACACCUUCUCUCUUCCUGGGUAAGGAGUCCCCUUAGCUAAGACUUCGUUUUACUUCCCAGAGGACAUUACGUCCCACCCUUCCAGACGUCGGCAAAGCAAUAUGGCUACGAAGGAGAUCACAGGACUGUUUAUUAAACCAUGGCAUAGUUAUUGGGGAGCCAUGCUGGGAGGCAUUUCAAUGAUAUGGGAAUCCGCCCUGAGUUAUUCAGGGUUCCAGGAUUCCGGCUGCUGGGUGGCUGCGAAGGAGGUGGUUCUCUCCUAAUUUAUUUAGCUCGAGCGAUUAACCCUUCCUCCCCUUGCGCUAUGUAUUAUCUUGGAAACAGCACAGCAAGCAGCACACAGAGUUAAUCACCAGCAGCCAGACUAGAAUCUGAGCUGACUUGGAGAAUAUUUCCAGUUCGGUUUAUUUUGGACUUAAAUUUUACAUUCACUAUUGAUUCCAGAGAUGUCUAAUUUUACUGAAUAACCCCUAAUUUAAUUUGCUGAAAUGUUUACACCCAGUCCAGACGUGCCCCGAUUCCUUUGGGUUCUGUUUUGUAGGAUGCAGUGUUUAGUAAAUAUCACAGCCAUGCUAUUAGGGUGAAUAAUUCAUUGCACGAGGGACACGUCGCUGCUCAAGCACUUUCUAUGCGGAUGCUCUGUUUAAGGCUUUGAAUGGUUGCUGUGACUACCAUGUAUUCCUGUUUCCAUAGCAACCCCAUUAUGUCCCCAUGGUGAGUCAUGUUUUCGAGAAGUGCAGACAGUGACUGAUAUAUCAUGUGAAGCACCUGAUACACCAAGUCUCAUCAUCACUUGCACAAAAGGCAGGAUUGUGAGAGUUGUAGUGUGUAUUUUAGCUUGUCCACCCCUCUGCCAUUUAAAACAAUAAAAAUAAAGAUAUGACAGAUUUUCUGACCUUUUAUUUUUUUUUGAAUGCUCUUUCUUACUGCUACGAACCUGCUAACCCCCUCAGUCCCUUGGCCAAUGUCCCCUUUUAGUAAUUUAGCUGGGAAGCUGUUAAUGAAAAAUGGUAAAGAGCAGGAGACUGAUGCUAGACCUUGAUAAUAAUACAUGAAGAGUCAGAGUCCCAGAUAUGUCAUCUGUGCGGUGGGAGAGAGAUGGAGCGUGAUACAAUCUUGCAAAUGUAUCCGAGAUUGAAUCAGUAAACUCCUAAUUAUAGUGAACUGAAAUUCCAGUCGCAGAACUUGGCUGUAACUGAGUUAGAGGUUUUCAACCAAAUGAGUAAUUAUUUUCAAAAUUUUGCAAUUUGGUUUUCAAUUCACUGCAAAUUUAAAUUUAUUGAAUAAAUCCCCUAGAAAAAUCAAUGUUUUAUAAGUUAGAACUACAGGAUAUCACCUAAAUACAGUGGAGUUAAGCUCACUGGCACAAAGUGCCUCAUUGCAUUGAGGGAGCUGUAGACCCAUAGAAUCGUCUACCAGCAAAGGUGUACCACGAAAGUAUGGGAAAAAAACAAUGCUGUCCUAAUCAGAGAACUAAGUCAAGAUUAAUCGAGGUACUUUCAAAUAGAGAAUCAGUGCUAGGUAGGGCUUUCUGUCAAACCUUUGUGGGUAAACUCACUAAACUGUAAAUUGCGGAGGAUUAACAAGAAUUGAAUUUUAGGACAAAAUGACCUGUUUGGGAUAAAAAUAAAUGGCAGCUGAGUAAUUAUUAUCACGUUUGGAUACUUUGAUCUAAAAUAUCCCUUGUCAAUGCUCGGAUUGGAUUACAAUUUACGGAGUUAUAUUGUAAUCCCAGAUUUAAAAAAAGACACAAGUCCAUUGAUUUUAACCUUAAAAAGUACUCUAUUCUUUAAAUUGUUUUCAAAUUGCUAGUUUCCUGUUAAUCGGCACACGGAAGUCUCGGUAGCUCAUGGUUUGAAAUACUCGGCUAUUAAAGAUCCUUAGCAAGUCGCAGAUUAAAAAACAAGAUAAACUUGCAAUAAAGUUGUUAUGAUAACCACACGUUUUGUUUUUUAACUUACAUUUUAUUGCUUUACUUAUCUUGAAUAACCGUUUCUUUUUCUGCUAGAUAUUAUUAGGAUUUUUUUUACAUUUUAAUUUUAAGGUAAUAAUUUCCUUUGAAAAUAUGAUAAAUUAUAACAAUAUGAGGAUCAUUGUCUUUCAUCUCUUUGAGGUUAAACAGGCUGAUUGAAUUAGCAGCGUUAGAGUUUUACUGUUAGAAUGGUUCUUAAAGGGAACGUCACCACAUUUAACCAUGAGCACAUCCUCACAUUGCCUGCCUGGCUUCCCCUCGCUCAUGCUUGUAGCUGACGGGAAAUAUAGAGCUGAAUAUUAACAGAGAAUGUAUCACCUCCUUAUCAUGAGACAUCACAUCUAACACAAUAUUGCUUCUUGUUUUAAGGAAAGACCAGCAGGCUGAGCCAUCUCCCAGGUUUGUAAUUUGGAGUGCGUCAUUCAUCCUCCAUUACUACGUCUCCUUCAUGUUAACCUCUAAUUAAUCUCCUGGCGGCUGAAUGCUCUGCUUCUAACCUUCCAUGUAAUAAAAAUGUCUCACUGAGUGUAUGACGUAAUCAAGGCAUCCUGUCCUUCACACCCGCUUCUCAUCCAAUUCCGUGCUUCCAUUCUCACCUGCUAUUGCCCACCCGCUGUCCCCUAUGAAUUGUGUGCGCGCAUGUAUAAUGCAUCAUUCUUCACAAUGUCAGCCUGCUCCCCCAUCGAGCUGGAGUUGUAUUGUCAGUGCGGCUGUUGGCGUCAGUCUGAUAGAGGCCGGACAGACACUGUGAUCAUGUCAACUGGAUUUUCUCAGUGUCGAUAGGAUCUCCAGACCUGUGUGAGUCAUGACAUCACUCUUAAUAAACAAUAGUAGUGUCCAUUAAUGAUGUUGCUGCAUUAAUGAUGUCAUCAAACUCAUUAAGAUGGACAAGUUGUGAUGACAUUAGAAGGUUCCUGCUGAAGUUGUAGUGAUGUCAUCAGAAUGUUAGUGAUGUCAUCGGAAGGUUCAUGUCAUUGGAAGGUGGUAGUGAUGUUAUCACAAAAUUAAAGCGGCAGUGGUAGUGAUGUCAUUGGAAGAUUUACAUGGCAGUGGUAGUGAUGUCAUUGGUAGAUUAAUUUGGCGGUGGUAAUGAUGACAUCAGAAAGGUUGAGAUGGUAGUGAUAUUGCUAGAAUGGUGAAUGGGAUGAUAGUUAUGCACUAAUAGUGAUAUUAUCAAUUUCAUUAACCACGUACGAGCCAAUGCCUUUAUAAGGUAAAAAUGUAUUCUCUAUUUGGUACGUUAGCCCUGGUACCUUCUUCUGUGAUCUCCCUCCAACUACUAACGUAACGACAGACUGAAAAGAAGGUCUCGGGGGAGGGUGUAUCGGCCGCCUCUAGGAAAAGUAAUUGGGAAUCGGUUGGGGGGGGACAAAUGUAAUUAAACUGUGACUAAACCAAAGUUACAAACUCUACUGCGUUUUUCAUUUUCAUGUGUAGAUUUAUACAGCAAGUCCCAGGCAAGACAGAUAAUUAUCAAAUAAAAGGUUACAGAAUAUCAUGUUAGACAUAAAAUAAAAGAAUCUCUGGAACCUGGACUACCAUUAGACAUAUCUGCAGUUCGCUGGACUACCAUUAGACAGGCCCAAGAUGAUGGCAUCUCCCAGCUUUCUCUGGUUUAGCGCAGGAAAUGAAUCGGUCGUGCAUUUUAUUAAUAACUACAUUCUGUGGCUUCAAUUAAAUCGCUGUCAGGGUUAUACAAAGUGUGAUUUUUUGGGGGCAAUUCAAAUUCAAAUGUUAGACCAAAAUAGCUUAAAAAUUCCCCAAAAAUGUAAAAUUUUAAUUCUCAAAAUGCAGACUUGUGCGAUGUAUUAGUUGUGAGGUAUUCUUUAUUAUGUGUUUACGUGUGAUUUUUAUUUGUUGAUUUGUUUUUACAGAGCCGUAGACUUUUAACUAAAUCUCCCGGCUGUAACCUUCCAAAUUUCCACAUUUGUAGCGUUUAUUCCCCAAACUCCAGGCGGCGGUGAAUCGAAUUUCCGAUGGCAGAAUUAAGGCCGGCAUUGCUGAUCAGAAAAUAUUCUGCAAUCCAGCUAAAGUCCCAGUUUGGCUAUUUUAGAAUAAAUUUUGCCCUUUAGUGAAUUACCCUGUAGGUGACUUUAGAUCUUGGAUUCGGCGAUUUUCCCGUCGCAUACUAGUCUUUCAGACUAAUAUCCCCUCUCCCUGAUUUUCAGUAAAGGGCGAACUCUCUGCAGUUGCUGCUCGGGGGAAAAUAGGUACAAAUUGUCAGAACAAAGAUUGCUGCAUGUCUGGACCUGCCCUCUAACCCCCUCAUCCCCCAAAUCAUUCCUGGACUAAUAUUGUGACCGUUUGGUAGAGCUGCUGGAAGUCACAGGACGAAGUAUCGGUUAUCCUCUGCGGGAUAUCUCUACAUACUGUUAUUGAAAACUCUGCUAAAUAAAGAUUAACUAAAAUAUCAAGUGCUGGUUUUCAAGGAAUGUGAAACUUUGUUUAGCUUUUCAUUCCUCUGUAGCAAGUUGGUUUAAAAUCAGAGAGCACUAUAGAACAGGGCUAUAUUGUUAUGGAGAGAUCCCUGAAGAUUACUUUUUUCAGAGACCCACUGGAAAAGUGAAAAGGAGCUAAAUUGCCUAAAACUUUCCGUCGCGCCUGUCUGCAUUCCCCCUUUGGCGACUGGGCACAAGAGUAAGACACUGGGGUCUAGAUUGUAGGAAAGUCGAUAGAAUAACUUUUGCGAUGCAGAAUAAACCAGGAAUAACCAGGAAACAUCUCUGGUGAAGGCUGUGGCAGUUGACAAAAGUUGACGUUAGCAUAAAACUAAUUAUCUCCAGAUUUGUCUUGUGAUAUAGUUUUAUGCGUUGGAAUAUCUGUGACAUCACAACGCAAUCAACAUGCUCCAAAAAGAUUCAUCGAUAUGAAAGUGACAUCGUCUAUUGUAUAAGUGACACAAUUAAAGUAAGGAAUUCAGAUUUGGUGACCUCCUGAGACUUCAGGCAGCUCCUCUACGCAAACAGCCCAAAGGUUUUCCUUAGGGUAAUUUAUUUUCUGUCGACAGACAGACACACAGAAGGAUUGCUUCAGAUAUUCAGAUGCGUGGAGGCUGGAAAUGGUGCAAAACCAGCAAAUACUGAAUUUUGGUUAGUUUUUUGGGGAGGUCGGUUGGCCCAUUGGGAGCUAUGCGCUCUUAAUAAUAUCACAAUUUCACAGAUAUUUUUUUAUAGACAUGACUUGCUAAAGUUAAAGUUUUUUUAAUACAAUGAAAUAACUAAAGAUACUGCACUCAAAUUUUUAUUAGUGUGCAAAGAUAUGCUUAGAAAAAAAAUCACUCCAAAACAAAAAAAUACAAAUUCUUUAGACUAUAAAUUCUAAACUCUCAGGUAUCCAAUCCAUUAAAAAGUAAGCAUGUAUGAAUGUCCAUAAAAUGUAUUGCAAGGCCCUUCGCAAGCGCUAUUCGGGCCCGGGCUCACAGCACUCUCUGGAUGUCCCUACACAAUCCAUGAUUCAGUAUUUGCUCCAUAUCUAUCACAUCACUUCUGCCCAACGACGCUUCUCUGUAGCGUAGUAAGGGGGGGGUGCCAAUGGGUGCCAAUCAGUACGGGGGUGCCCGGGCAUUCUUAGAUAGGGGCGGCUUUUUGCGCCCCUGUGUCUGACAUAAGGCACACGUGCUGCCUAUUUGUGAGGCCCAGGAGUCUCUGUGUUAAACCUAUAUCAGUAGCAGCAGCUCCUCUCCCAUUAUGCGAGAACAUUGCCGCAGGUUGCUAUGGCAACGCUUUGCCGGGCGCAAUGCAUGCUGGAGCGUUGCCACGGGAACCUGCGGCAAUGCUCUCGCGGGUCGCGAGAAGAGCUGCUGCUACUGAUAUAGAUUCAAAACGGAGACUCCUGGGCCCCUCUUCAGAAUCCAGACUGCUGUGCCACCGGACCACCAGGGAAAGGUAUAUUCCCCCAUUCCUGACCCUCAGCAAAGAGGCAGGGUGGGUGGGAUAAGCCACAUUUAAAAAUGGUUCAUCAGACCUGGACACCCUGCACCCCACACUGUCACCCCCAAACCCUGCCCCCUCCACACUGUCACCUUCCUGUUAACCCCAAACCCAGUCCCCCCCCACAAUGUCACCUUCCUGCCCAGCCUCCCCACAUCCUGCCUCUCAUACUGUCACCUUCCUACACACUACCCCCACACUGUCACCUUCCUGCUACCAUGCCCCGCCACACUGCCACCUUCUUACACACUACCCCCACACUGUCACCUUCCUACACACUACCCCCCCACUGUCACCUUCCUGCUACCAUGCCCCGCCACACUUCCACCUUCUUACACACACUACCCCCACACUGUCACCUUCCUACAAACUGCCCCGCCCCCCACACUGUCACCUUCCUACAAACUGUCCCCCACCCACACUGUCAACUUCCUUUAAAGUUAGGAGGAAGGGGUGCCAAAUUUAGGAUCCGCCCUGGGUGCCAAAAGCUCUAGGUACGCCCCUGUACUCUGCUCAUGCUGAUUUAUGGUGCUCAUUGCUGCUACCAGUAUUAUAUGAAUCCCUCUCCACUGGCUCUUUUGACGUUGUUAAAGAUUUAGGGCUCCAUUUGUUUGCAGGUAUUUCUAUAUACUUAUUGUUAUUAUUUUUAUUUUUUUUGCACUAAGCUAUUUUUUUACUCUACUGAUACUAAUAUUAAUAAGAUUGUGCCUGCUCUAAACAGUUUGCAAUCUAUUUAUAUUUCCCUCUAGUAUUGGUACAUCACUUUGUUUCACCUCUCCGUUUUGUUUUGAAUUUCUUUUUUGAAUUUUUCUUUCAUUAUUUUAUUUACUGUGUUUUCAAAAAAAUUUCCCCAUAUUUUUUAAUUUUUCACAAUUUUCCUUUUUUUUUCUUAUUUUACAAUUUUAAUUUUCUCCUUUGUAUGUUUUUAUUUAAUUUUUUUUGUCAUAAUACCUUCUUGGAGGAUACCCAGAAUCACUUCAGAGCCUCAUAUAUUAUUAUUUUUUUAAAAUAUUUUUUUCUUUUAUGCUUUUUCCAUUUUUGAAUAAUUCUAUAUAUUCACAAAUGAGACACAUGCGCUGUUAACCACGUGGUGUUGUCUUUUUGGCCUACGUUUUGUGCUUUUUUUUCAUAUUUUUUAAUUUUGUGAGUUAGGCUAUCCAUUUUUUUCUGAAUAGACAGAAGUAUAUUACAUUGUCAAGUGCAUGCUUUUUUAUGGAUUGGAUUUCUGGGAUUUGGUCCUAAUGGACUAAAUCAUUUUUUUCCAUGCAUAUUUUUGCACACUUAUAAACAUCACUUUUUGCAUAUUCAAAUCUUUUUGAGUGCGCUAUCUUUAUUCAUUUUAUUACGUUUUCUGCAUAGGGAGUUUGGGGGUUUAUAUGUUUUUUAACACCUACAAAACAAAAAAUUUUCUUUUUAAAAGUUGCACCAUUUUCUAAUGCCGCGAUAGGCAAGUUCUGCCUUUCAUACGCUGUGCCCAACAUCCAUCAUGAUCAUGUCUCAGCCUUCAUUCCCAACCACAUCGUCACUGCUUAGGGAAAUGCUAAAAUGCGUAAACGGGGUAGUCAUGUCUGAUUGUGUGGCUUGCUUUUACUAGUCCUGUCUGUGUGUCUUGCUUUAACUAGUUGUGUCUGUCUGUGUGACGUGCUUUCACUGGUCUUGUCUGUCUUGUGACUUGCUUUCAUUAGUUGUGUCUGUUUGUCUGUCUGACUUGCUUUCAUUAGUCCUGUCUUUUUUGCUAGUUGUGUCUGUCUGUCUGACGCGUUUCAUUAUUCCUUUGUGUCUGUCUGACUUGCUAUAACUUAUCUUGUCUGUCUGCUUUACAUUAAUUAGUUGUCUGUCUCUCUUUCUUUCAUUAGGCCUGUCUAUCUUUCUUUAUUUCAUUAGUCAUGUCUGUGUGUUUGUCUGACUUGCUUUCAUUAGUCCUGUCUUUUUAGCUAAUUGUGUCUGUUUGUCUCUCUUGCUUUCAUUAGUCUUGUCUGUCUUCUUAGCUAGUUGUGUCUGUAUGUGUAACUGACUUGUACAUGUUUUUUUUUUUUUAACCUGUCUUUUUUUGUGUAUGAAAUAAAAGCAUUUUGCAGCAGAUCAGUUUGUUUAAUUUUUACGUUCUUUGCUUGUGCAUGUUAACCAGGCCAUCAGCAGAUGACAUGUUGUCAACAAGAGACAAAACAGUGAUUUCAAACUGCCUCCCAAUGACGUUUUAAAUGGCAGAUUGCCCCCAGAUCCACCAAUGCCGAGACGGGAGGUAUUUUAUUUGAAUGGGAGGUUUGUCACAACCAGCAAUUUAAAAUGCAGUUUUCACAACUCAUUAAUCCACUGAGAGCCAGAGGAGGGAGCCUCUAACAGAUGUUUUUGGGUCACUAGCAGUUGUAUUACAUGGAGUAGCUGAAGAGUUGCAAUACUGUAAUAUUGUGGCCAGCCUAAGGCACAAUUGUGCAAUAAUCAUGCUGUCUAAUCAGCAUCUUGAUAUGCCACACUUGUGAGGUGGAUGGAUUAUCUCGGCAAAAGAGAAGUGCUCACUAACACAGAUUUAGACAGAUUUGUGAACAAUAUUUGAGAGAAAUAGGCCUUUUGUGUACAUAGAAAAAGUCUUAGAUCUUUGAGUUCAGCUCAUGAAAAAUGGGGGCAAAAACUAAAUUGUUGCGUUAAUAAUUUUGUUAAGUGUAUGAACCAAGUGAUAUUUAUGCGUCCCGUAGCCAUGAACUUCUUGAGAUAAUUCUUGAAGCAAACUGGCCAGGAAAUGAUACUAAAAGCAUUGCCAGGUCAUUUCACAUCUCUGUGCCUUGAGAGAACGGACACAUUGAAAUGGUUAAAGGGUUCUAGAGAUAAGUCGGCCACAACAGAUUCACAAAAAAAAUAAGUCGGCCACCAGUCGUCCUCCGUUGCUUGCUGUAGGCUAGACUCAUGUGUGUUUGCCAAGCUUUUCUGCAUCGUGUCCACUCAUCGUGUCUUUCUUGGCUUUCUAGUGUAUGAAGAUGUUCUCUUUGAUCUGUCAUUUAGUGUCUUUCUCUCACCUCCUUUGUAACAGCCAGAAAGUAAGUCUAAAAGAGAGAGUCUUCUCCAGCCCCAGAGGAGUGGCCUCCAAAGGCAAAGGUUCCCCUCAAUCUCAAGGUUUGCGGCGUUCCCCAAGUGCAGACCAAAGCUUAGAUGACAGUCCCAGUAAAGUGCCCAAGAGUUGGAGCUUUGGGGACAGAGGACGUACACGCCAAGCCUUCCGCAUUAAGGGGUCAGCGUCACGGCAAAAUUCCGAAGGUGAGAGAGGCUUUCGUCAAGUUCUGACCUACUCAAGGUAUACGUGCUGUUACCAGUAUAUUAUUUGUAUUAAACCAAAUUAGGGGCUUUAUAUAGUUCGCGAUUUACUACAAAGCAGCAGAUUAUUUAAUAUUCUUAGCUGUUCCUCUACUGCAGAAAAUGUCCCUGGAAGUCUAACCUAGACUUUCCUAGCUGAAAAUAAAACGUGUAGACCUACUCUACAAGAAGUAAAAACACCCUCCCAAUUCAAGUGCCUGAUUAUGCGGAGAGGUUUAAUUUUUAACACUUUCUAAUAAAAUAUUUGUAUACGUUGUCUACAAUGUGGGGAUUAGGCUUAAGUAAUUAAAAGCAAAAACACAACACUAAACAAAGAGCUGGAUUGAUGGGUGAUACACGACUUGUUUUAGAUCUUGAACCCCCGUUACUGAAUAUUAAAUUGAUAAAUGGGAGCUUUAUUUGCCUUAGCAGCUAGUCUACCAGGAGAAGAAGUUGCAGAUGAAAACAGAAAUUGCAACUGUGAAUUUCUUGCUGACGAUCUGACGCCAGGACUGAAGGCCUCCAUCCGAGCCGUGUGGUGAGUCAGAAACUGAGGGACCAUCAUGUUUGGUUAAUACAGAUUGACAGAAUAACGAUGCCCUGUAUUUAAAUAAAAUUUUUAAAAAUUACCUGCGCUCUUUCCCAAAUCCCAAUGUAUAUUUAAACAAAUGGAGUUUAUUUAGUUACUCCAAUGGCCACUAGAGGGAAUGCCCACCUGCCACGUCAAGGCAAACCUCUCAGGUGGGUCCUUGAGCUUCUGGCAAAGAUAUCUCUAAUGAGACAGAAAGGGGUAUUUUUUAUAUACAUCCCUACAUACUUAUUAACCCUUAAUAGGGAACACAUGGGAUGGAUGGCAGCUUUGUAACAUAGCUGCAGUGGCGUCGCUAGGGGGGAGGCAGAGGGGACCAUGGCCCCCCUACAUCAUGCUGUGCCCCCCUUGGGCCCCCCCCAAAUGCCGUCAACUUGCAGGAGAGAGGAGCUCAGCUGGAACGGUGCUGGGGCCGGAGAGAGCACUGACAGGCUCCCCGGCAUAGGCCCCGCCCCCAAACAAAGCCCCGUCCCCGCACAUAAGACCCGCCCCUGCCAUUAAGCAGCAGACCAUGCUGCUGCUAGAAAGGAUGGAAGAUGGCUGUCUGACCCCCAGCAACAGCCUCCAGUGACAGGUAGGCUUGGUGUGUGUAACUAAUUAAUGUAAAGCAGACAGACUCAGCAGUAUGUGUGUGUAUGGACUCAGCAGUAUGUGUGUGUAUGGACUCAGCAGUCUGUGUGUAUGGAUUCAGCAGUCUGUGUGUCUGUGUGUGUAUGGACUCAGCAGUCUGUGUGUGUAUGGACUCAGCAGUCUGUGUGUGUGUGUGUGUGUGUGUGUGUGUGGACUCAGCAGUCUCUGUGUGUGGACUCAGCAGUGUGUGUGUAUGAACUCAGCAGUCUGUGUGUUUGUGUGUGUAUGGACUCAGCAGUCUGUGUGUGUGUGGACUCAGCAGUCUGUGUGUGUGUGCAUGAACUCAGCAGUCUGCGUGUGUAUGGACUCAGCAGUCUGUGUGUGUGUGUGUGUAUGGACUCAGCAGUCUGUGUGUGUUUGUGUGUGGACUCAGCAGUCUGUGUGUGUAUGGACUCAGCAGUCUGUAUGUGUGGACUCAGCAGUAUGUGUGUGUGUGUAUGAACUCAGCAGUCUGUGUGUGUCUGUGUGUAUUGACUCAGCAGUCUGUGUGUAUGUGUGUGAACUCAGCAGUCUGUGUGUGUGUGUAUGGACUCAGCAGUCUAUGUGUGUGUGUCUGUGUGUGUAUGGACUCAGCAGUGUGUGUGUGUAUGGACUCGACACGCAGUGUCUAUACAGGGAGCACUGACUCUCCCAGGAUAUUAUACACACAGCCAUGUAUUAUACAGAGAGCAGCACUGUACAGGGACCGCUGACUGUCCCAAUUUAUUAUACACACAACCCUGUAUUAUACAGACAGCACUGACUGUCCAGGGAUAUUAUACACAGACAGUAAUUGAUAGCUUUGCUGCAAAAUAUCCUUGGAAUUUUUUUUCAAAUGUUGGCAACUAUGGCAAUGUAUCAAGGGAAAUAUGUUUGUUUUUUAAUAAUCCCUGUUGGAAAAUAAUGAAUCCUCCACCAGGGAUUAUUAAAAAAACAACACACAUUGUGUCAGAAGCGGGGCUUAACAUGCGGCAGGGGCGGGGUCAAAUUGCGGCGAGGGCGGGGUUAAAUGUGCCCCCCUACUUUUGUCCCUGGCCCACCAUGUGCCCCCCCCCUAAAAAGUAAUCCUAGAGACACCACUGCAUAGCUGUGUGAUACAAAAGUGAAUACAAAUACUAAUACAAAUAAUAGCAAAGUGACAGCGCUCAUGUGAAGCACAUCUGCUCAUAGCGCAAACAGCUCCGUUCCCCUGAAAGAUUUACAAAACUUUACAAUGGCCACUGUUCAAGUUGACAGUAAAACCGUCAGAUGGGUUAUUGUCGUUAUUAUAAGGGAUUUGUACUUCUAGAGCAGUUGCCGUUGCUAAAAGUAUUUCCAUCAUUACUGAGAAUUGCUGCCUUGUUUUCUAACGUUGAAGUCACAAGGUAACGUUCGACCAGUUUUAUCAGACAAUCAUUGAGCGUCUUCUGUUUUGUCAGCAUUAUGCGGUUCAUGGUGUCCAAACGAAAGUUCAAGGAAAGCCUCAGACCGUACGACGUGAUGGACGUGAUCGAACAGUACUCGGCCGGACACCUGGAUAUGCUCGCCCGGAUCAAAAACCUGCAGUCAAGGCAAGCCAUCAAUGCACACCACUUUUUAGACGUAUACACACAAACACACAGUAUUUCACGCGGACAACCUGCUCCAAUGGUUCUACAAUUGUUACAAUUGAUUAGCUGUCUGAUGGCCACAUUUGCUGGGUGACUGCAUUGUGUGCCAGGUCAAUGCACACAGGAUUUAAAACUGAAAUACAGUGAGGCAUAUUUGGACUGAAUAUUCCUGUAGCCCAGAGUCCAUCAUGCUUUGCUGUACUUUAGUGACGGUGUGCACCAGACAGUAGACCAAUAAACAUUACUGGUGCAGCUAUAUCUGCAGACUGGAUGAGUCCUUGGCAUUGUUCUUGUGUCUCAGUGUGUGGCAGUGUGUCCCGGGUGCGUGGAAACAUCUAUUUACAUUGUGUCUCAGGUUGGAAAACGGUGAAGGGGAUUUCCUGUAUCAAUUCAUAAAGGGUGUGAAUUGUGACUGGGUUUUUAAUAACAAAAGAAGGGUGCAAUCCUCACAUGAAGUCACUAGCGACAAAUCAGCAGGUAGAGGCAGCAACAAGGACAGUCAAGACAGCCAAUGCUAGUAGCUUAGCCAGGUAGUAAGUACUGCAGCCUGUAAAAUUAGUGUGGAUGGCAUGGGCUCUGUAUGGGUGAGGGUCAGAACAGAGCAUGAAAUAUGGUCAAAGCAGAAGAGGAGAGUCAGAGCAUUGGGUUGGUCAGUACAGGGGUUAGGAUUGGAGAAUGGGAAAGGUCAGUGCCAGGGGGUAUGAUCGGAGCAUUGGGUAGGUCUGUGCAGGGUAGGAUUGGAAGACUGGGUUGGUCAGUGCCAGGCGGUAUGAUCGAAACAUUGGGUAGGUAAUUGCAAGAAUAGGAUCGGAAGUUUGGGUAGGACUGUGCAUGGGGUAGGUCUGUGCAGGGGGUAGGUCAGUGCAGGGGAUAGGACUGGAAGUUUGGGUAGGUCAGUGCAGGGGUUAGGUCAGUGCAGGGGGUAGGACUGGAAGUUUGGGUAGGUCAGUGUAGGGUAGGACUGGAAGUUUGGGUACGUCAGUGCAGUGGGUAGGAUUGGAAGAUUGGGUAGGUCAGUGCCAGGGAUUAUGAUCGGAGAAUUGGGUUAGGUCAGUGCAAGGAUAGGAUCGAAAAGAUUGGAUAGUUCUGUGCAGGGGGCAGGAUCAGAGCAUUGGGUAGGUCAGUGCAGGGGAUAGGAUUGAAAGUUUGGGUAGGUCAGUGCAGAGGGCAGGAUCGGAGCAUUGGGUAGGUCAGUGCAGGGGGCAGGAUCGGAGCAUUGGGUAGGUCAGUGCAGGGGGCAGGAUCGGAGCAUUGGGUAGGUCAGUGCAGAGGGCAGGAUCGGAGCAUUGGGUAGGUCAGUGCAGGGGGCAGGAUCGGAGCAUUGGGUAGGUCAGUGCAGGGGGCAGGAUCGGAGCAUUGGGUAGGUCAGUGCAGUGGGCAGGAUCGGAGCAUUGGGUAGGUCAGUGCAGUGGGCAGGAUCGGAGCAUUGGGUAGGUCAGUGCAGGGGAUAGGAUUGGAGGUUUGAGUAAGUCUGUGCAGGGGAUAGGAUUGAAAGUUUGGGUAGGUCAGUGCAGAUGGUGGAUUUGAGUAUUGAGUAGGUCAGUGCAGGGGAUAGGACUGGAAGUUUUGGUAGGUCAGUGCAGGGGUCGUAAGAUUGUAAGGUUCUGAGACGUGGUAGCUUGCAGUUUCCGCACCCAGCGCACCUUGCCGUAUAUGACAAUUUGUCCCUUGUUACUAUUGCAGCACCGUGUCUGUCAUACUGUGUCUUUGUCCUCCCUUAACCAUAAGAGAUCAAUCGCUCUGUUCUGUGCAUUUCCUUCACUGUUAACCAUAGGAAUAUACGUUGAUCUAUAUUCACUGUUUCAGCCAGGAUAUUGCCACGUACAUACUUGUAUUUAUAUUCCUACACUUCGAGCCACACCGUCUGUGGCUGGCGGUUACGCAGCAUCCUACACACUCAAUUCAGCCAAGUGGAAUAUAUUUUCAGACUCUAUAAAUUUUAUCCUUUUUCCUUCUUCUCCCCACGUUGCUUCAUUAUAUAUUCUGCUGGUAUUUUUUCUAUUUGCUUUUGCCAGGAUAGAUAUGAUUGUCGGCCCCCCAGCCCCUUCAACACCCCGGCAUAAGAAGUUUCACAGCAAAGGAUCUGUGCAUUCUACCAAAGAAUCUCCCCAGUACUCUCCUAGGUUAGGAUUUAAGAAAAUCGCCUUUUUGUCUGGACUUCUUUAUCUCUUUUAUUUUGUCUGAAGGCGAACCCCUUCCAGCCUGUGGUUUGUGAUGGCAUCUAGAAGCUGGGGAACCUUUGGCAUUGAGAUGGGGAUCACAAGUGGGAAGUUUAAAGAUUGGCCACAGUCCCUGUGAUCCAUCACCCACCACGACCCACUUCACCCCAGAUCAGCGAGUCAUGUCACCCCAUGUUCUGCAUGGGAUCCUGAAUUAUAUGUGGGAUCAUUUUAUCUAGAUAUGGCCACAGCAAUAGUCAUCUUGUAGAAUGGACAGAACUAGCCUGGAAUAUUUAAUCCUCAGUGUCAGAAAAUAUAUUGAAAAACAGCUCCUACCCUGAACUUGGCAUAUAUAUAGGGGAAGUUCUGAGGGUGGAGCAAUCACCGUGAAAACAUAGGGACAUGCGUCCUGAUUGCGCCACUCUUAGACUUAUUAUUAUAUGGAAAGUUUUGAAAUAUAUCAGAAAGUGCAAGACUGACACCAAAUCUAGAGCCCGCUAAUAAAAUAAUUUCCAAGAAAAAUGUAUUGACCACCCGAGGCUGGACCCCAGGGGAGGGAGAGACAUGGGGGCUAGUUCAGGGCACCUCAUAGAGGUAGGUGAAAUGCUGCCUUACAAAGGUGACCCUCACCAUAGGUAAGUGUCCAUCACACGUGGGUGAAAGGGGUUUGCUGGAUCUUUGCUGCGCUCAGAGGAGAAGACAAAGCAUCCUUUCUUUUACUUUGUGCUAGCCGUCUGGUGGUGGUCAUUACUCUGCUCUGGGUGGUCUGUUGAUUGCAUGCCCGCAUGUGGAACAGUGCAGCAUGAACAAGAUGGCAUCGUGGCUGAUGGGCAGUAUUUUCAUGCUUUUUCUAGAUUUCGUUUAAUUAUAAUUCCUGUGUCCCCUAAAAAAUUCAUCCCUCCAGAGCAGCCGCACAGGAAUCCACGGCCAGUUCCACAUGGUGGGGUACACGCAUUUUACAGCCCCAGUGAGGGUUAGUUGGUCUUGGGAACGAAUAUAUUACUGUAAAUAUUAAAGGUAAACUUGCUCCUCAAAACUAUUUUUAGUUUUGAAAGGAAAUAGGGUUUUUUUGUUUUUUUUUAGAUGUAUGUAAAAAAAAACACACAAGAAAAACUAAUCGCUGCCUUUACUAUACGACAGGAGCCUUGAGCCAAGUACAUCCACCUCGGGUCAGACCGGAUUUCAAUGAGCCAGUUAUUCGGUCUGAUGAUCUCACUACAUUGUGCAGGGAAGACCAUAGAGACUAACUAUAGAGAGAAUAUAGAGAUAUUCAUACACUGUUCGACCCAAGGUCAGUAUAUAUACGGGUGAAGGAUCCUGUCAUAUACUAAAGGCUGGGAUUCAUUUUUGUCUUUGUUGGUUUUUUUACAUAUACUUAAUUUAACACAGAAUCCAUUUCCUUUCAAUACUUGAUGAAAUUAUCAUUAUAUUUAAAAUAGUGUUGAGGUGACAGUUGUCCUAGAACCCCAGAAUUUAUUAUACACACUGGUAAGGGAUCCCCUCCUCUUCCCCCUGCCCUGAAUAGCCCAAAAUAUUUCAGCAGAUUAGAUAACUAGGUGAAAAAUAUUAAAUGUAGGGGCAAAAGUGGCUGAAACUCACCAGAAGGGGCAGUAGUGAGAACUUCAUCUGCUUCUGCAGCAAAAGUAGGUCUUCAUUGCCCUAGCACUUACUACCCCUUUAACAAGGAGUAUAGCAUUAAAUACUACAUUUAAAUAAUUAAAUAGCUGAUACAGUAAAUGUUACUGUGGUCAUGCAGGUUACUGACGAACACAGGUCAUGCUUCUACGAUAAAUAUGUAACUAUCCAGUUCUGGCAACUGGUCAUCAGUCUGGUCCAUGUACAACAAGUGGUUUAUAUCAGGGCUGGCACAUGGAGCCAUAAAGGCAGCCCUGUUUUCCAAACAACUCCCAGACAGGUGUAGUAGGCUGUUGCUUUCUGCCUUGCAGUAUCCUGGCCCUCCUCACUCCAUCUGUCAUUGUGUGUGUGUGUAUGUGUCCUAUCCAUCCUGCCUUUACCUAGUGCACGUGUCCACAUGGUUGGAGGGAGCCCUGCUGCAUCCAGCGUGACUUUGUGAACAGUGGAAAGAGAACAGAAAGGGGGGAAUGAUCCUUACAAACACUCCCUGCAGGCCAUGGAAGAGUUACACAUCGGUCUACCAACCCUUUAUCAGCAAGUUGAAGACUCUGGUGACAACUUGUCACAUUCAGUGGCAUUAGAGACAUUCAGAGCUCAGUUUUGACAAAUGUCAAGAGCUACUUACACCUUAAUCUUCGACAUCCAAAUUGCACAUAAAAUGUCAAUUAUUUAUUUGACUUGCCAGGGCACAUUCAGUUUGGCCACACGUCACUGGCAGUCUAUGUUUGGAUGAGCAGAAAGAUUGUACCACUGCUCCUUUCUAGCUCUUAAUCACCUCAAUGUAGGGCACAUUGACACUAUGAGCACUUCUUGUUCCUGCAUUAUAAGAAGUGGGCUCUCUGCUCUCCUGUUUAACUCUUCCUAGCAUGCCUGUUAACACCCCUUCCCUUAAAACAUUUAAUGUUCAUCGGAUUAUGAGCUCCUGGCCCUCAAAUACAACAAAGGUCCUCUGUAGUUGCACUUCGCAGUUUGUAAGACAGAGGGCUUCAAAGCUUUGGUGUUGGACUUUUCUCUGGUUGAGAGGGGUGAAGUUUCUCUUGAGCCUCCAACAAAACAAAUGUUCUGUAGCACUAACUCUUGAACAUCUUGGGGUGUGUUUCUGUUCUUGGUAGAGUGGACCAGAUUGUUGGAAGAGGAGGCUCAAUCACCGACAAGGACAGAGCCAAAGGAACGGCUGAAGCAGAGAUGCCGGAGGAUCCAAGCAUGAUGGGUCGACUGGGCAAAGUGGAAAAGCAGGUGAAAUUCAGUGGGGCUAAUGAGCAGGUUGGGCGAGGUAGAAUGAGAUACAUACCCGAAAAUUAGUAGCAUUGAUAUAUUUUCCUUAAUUAAUGAGCCAUGACAGACCCACAAUCUGUGAAAAUGUCACCAGUUCCUUAAUAUUAAUCAAAGGAAACCGCUAAAACACUAGAAAUGCCCUAUAGAUGUCAUUAUUUAUAUAAUUAAUAUGUUUAUUAUCAUUAUUCUUAUUAGUUCGGAUUUGAAUGAAGUUUAUUUUUUUCCAGGUUAUGUCCAUGGAGAAGAAACUGGAUUUCCUUGUGAACAUCUACAUGCAAAGAAUGGGAAUCCCACCUUCCGAAACAGAAGCUUACUUUGGGGCCAAGGAUCCUGAGCCAGCCCCCCCAUAUCAUAGCCCGGAGGAGACCCGGGACCCAGCAGAAAAGAAUGUUUGCAUCACCAAAAUUAUCCGUUCCACCAGUUCCGUGGGGCAGAAAAACUUUAGUGCUCCACCUACCCAAGGGACAGGUCCCACUCACUGCCCUCCGUCCACCUCAUGGCAUCAACAGCAACCAUAUCACCGGCAUAGCCAUGGCUCCUCUCCAGUCGGCGAUCCAGGCAGUUUGGUGAGAAUUCCUCCGCCACCAUCGCAUGAACGCUCACUCUCCGCAUAUGGAGGGAGCAGGAUAAGUGGAGGAGAGGAAGGGUUAGCCAAACACCGGGACCCUGCAGCCCUUCGAGAUAGUGAUACUUCCAUAUCUAUUCCUUCUGUGGACCAUGAGGAGCUUGAACGUUCUUUCAGUGGGUUUAGCAUUUCCCAGUCUAAGGAGAACCUGGAUGUUCUGAACAAUGGGGCAGUGGCAGCAGGUCCUGGUACCAGUGGUAAAGUCCGCCCUUACAUCGCUGAGGGCGAGUCAGAUACAGACUCAGACCUUUGUACACCCUGUGGGCCACCUCCCAGGUCAGCUACAGGGGAGGGACCUUAUGGUGACAUGGGGUGGUCCGGUAGCAAGUAAGCCGCUACAGAGUUCUUUUUGAGACGUGUAGGCACUGAGUGUGGGGGAAUUAAUCCUGUCUUCUCCCUCAAAGGUGCAGCCACCGCAAGGACAUUAAGGGUAGAAGUGUGUCACCGUUUGUGAAUGAAAACUAUUCAUCACGCUGAGCUUGUGGUUGGGUGUUCAGGGCUGACAUUGCCUUUUUAAUUCCCAGCCUGUAAUAAUGUGGCUGUGUAUCCCUUUACCUUUAUGAGUUACACAUCCAAUAUCAGAGCUGUGUUUCGAUUUAAAGAUUCACGUAUAGGAAUCAAGCCAACACAAUGACCAACAGUGCUAAACUCAAUAUAUGGCCCAAUCUGUGCCAACGACAUAAUUUGAUUGGCAGCUAUCCCAUGGUUUAUAUAUUUUUCAUUGUGUUUAUAGAAAAAUAAGGGCAAGCCACAUUUAUAUGUUAUAAUGUUUUCUUUUAUAAACAGAGUUCUUCAUUUUAAUGUUGUAGACUCAAAAUACAUUAUCCUGAAGUCACAUCGUCCAUUUAAUUCUAAACUACUUAUUGGCCCUUGGCCCGGUAGCCAGCACAGGAAGGAGAAAGCUUAGAAUUUUUGCUUUCGGAGGCAGACAGUCAAUGCUUUAGGAUUUACUGGAGAAAAAACACCACGAAUUGGUGAGCAAAUGGUUGAGGAAAUAUCAGCUGAUGCCUUCCUCUGCACCAUAUGUACUAAAGAACUGUCUGUCCAGCGUUCCCCUGGUGACGGGGCGAGAUGUCUUUUAAUGUCACGGUUUUACUCGAUUAUUUUAUGCUCCACCCACAUUCUGCCUGUGCGCACCUCACAGAGCCUUUAUUUGUUGAUUUUUACAGUGCCUUGGGUGCCUGUUAAUGGGGCCUGGUCAGGCUACUUCGUUAUUUUAAAGGUCUCGUUGACAUCUCUCUGUAGAACAUCUGUGAUUUUUAGAACCAAGAUUGAUAAUAGCCGUGUAAUGGUUUCUAUUGACCCCCUUGUGGCUGCGCUUCUGAGGGAUGAAAUGUUGCCCGCACUCCUCUGUUUACACAGGAAGUAGUUGCUGAGGUUAUAAAAAUAUUGUGAACUUUACAAAGCCUAUUGGCAACUUAAAGGGACAGUUGGGAGAAAACAGUUUACUUUUUAUAAAAAGGGGGUCCCACGAAGCCCUCAGUCCCUUCUGAUUGAGCUGCCGAUCUAGACCCUUCUAAACAACCUCCGCCUUUGCCUGGGUUUUUUUGCAUUUUCUUUUUCGGCCUUGGCUUUAGUUGCACUUUGCUCUCCAAAGAAACGUCUGAUAUUGCCUUUUAUUGUUGGACAGACCGGGCACGCGCCUCCUGGACACAUGAAUCCCGCUGGGAGGAUAGAGGCCGUGCACACGUCAACACGCUGUCUGCAUCCUGGGUUUCCAGUACCUGCUGCAUGGCUGUAUGUGAGAUGUUCUGCAGUGUUUCCACUCAUGUAACAUUUAAUUUAUACUUUAUGUUCUGCAUUGUGACUCUUCGGCCUUAAUGCAACCGCUGCAAGAAAAGCAUGCAACAUCUUGCCACCUCUUUGCAAACGUCUGUGUCAGGGAAUGGGUUAAAGGCAAGCAAAAAAAAUAAAAAAACACAGACACAUAAAUAUAUAUACACGUUAACAAACAAAUUCUUAAAGGAACACUCUGGGCACCAUAACAACUUCAUUUGCCAGUAGGCCGGUGACAUCGGCUCACAUUUAGGGGUUAAACCGUUUGAGAAAGUAGGUGUUCCAGCAUGGGAUCUCUCUGCCUCUCUGUCCUUCUGUUUGCUCAACUUUUGGAAACUGCUCUGACGCUAUGAGCAAUAAGGACAGAGAGAUUUGGCACUGGAACACAGACUUUGGGGUUAAACCGUUUGAGAACGGCUUAACCCCUAAACAUGAGCAAGCGCCAGGGACCUCCAGGAACCAUAACACUUAAUCAUGUUGUUAUGGUGCCCAAACUGGUUCUUUAACCUUUAACCUCUGGCUGUCAGGGGUGCCAGUGGGUCUUUGCUGUGCAAAGUGCCACUGCCUGGCUAGUUUAAAAAGGGUUAAAUGUUGAUAUUUUCAAUAUGCUGAAAUGUCAAGGAAUAUAUUUUUAAAACUGUCAGUUCUUUGGAUUGACUGACUGGUCCAUUUUACACGCCUGCUCACAUUUUAUUUAGUAGGAGCGAUAACUCAAUCAGCAGGCAUUACAACAGGUGUCCUGCGGCUCUUGUGGUUUUUAGCAAAUCAAUCAAAUUCAUAGCUGAGGCUACCUAAUGGGUUUUAAUGGUGGGUCUGGAGGGUCCCAAUCAACACAGAACCUACAGAGGACUUAGAAAGGACAGGAUUCUAAACGGUUUCACACCGAUGAUAGGCUGGGACAUGGGGGGAGAAGAAAUUAUACAUCGUAGGUAGGACUGCCAAUCCACCAAUCAGCCUUGUACUUACAGAAUGUAAGCUCUUUAGAAGAGACCAGAAUGCCAAACUGCGAAUCCAGUGAUUGUUUGUCAAGCAGUUCUGUUUGUGCUAGAAGUGCAGAUUGCCUGCUGAGGUCUGACAUUGAGUUGAACCUAUUCUGAAAUACUUUGCAGCAUUUUAUAAUUCGAGUCCAAUUCAUAGCGGAGAGUUUAUCCUGGUAUUGGGCUGUUGUAAUCUCUUGUGUCCUUUUAUGUAAAAGAUAUUUAGGUCUUUAUUUCCCCCCUCCAGACUCUCUUUUGUCAGUGAGUGAGGGUCAGUACUUUCUCUAAGCAUCACAUAUCAGGCUGCUGCCACUGAUCCAAACAGUUAGGCAGACCAACUGCUGUCUGUAGAAUACUCAGGGAACACAGCAGCUCACACUGGAGGGGGCAAUUAACCAACACCACAAUAUCGUUUUCACUUAAGGGAUAUGGACAUUGCAACUCUGCAGGGUAUACAAUUUUAAAGGGACUCUCUAAGCACCAAAACUACUCCAUUUUAAUGCAAAGACCAUUCUCCUGCAGUAUGACGAAGGUAAGCAUUACCAUUUGGGAGAAACAGCAGUGUUUACAUUUGUUAGUCAGCAUGCCUCUAGUGGCUGUCAGUCAUUCAUAUAACCACUAGAGGCACUUUCUAGUUAAGACUGUUAAUAAAGUGGAUCUGUAACAUAUUUUGCAAAGACUCCGAAUGUGACAUUUCCACAUAGGGUCUGGUGGCCGCAGGGAGCAGUAGAAGGUGGGUAUACUUACCUGAAUCUGUAUCUUGCUACCACUUCCAUCUUCUUGUGGAUGAUGUAUAGCUAAAGGUGCCUCAUCUGCCAAGAGCCGCAUGUCUGAAAGUACAACAUUGAGGUCUAAGUCUAUUAGAAGCUCUGUAUUUAAUGCUUCCAUGAGGCCGAGCGGCUAUUGCCAUUCCAAUGCAUGAUCCUAGAUUAUCAGAAUCUAGGUUCCGAGACAAGGACAACACUUUAAACAGGCCCCAAUUAUCUAAACGAGCGAAGGAACAUGCUAACUUUAUCAUUUCUUUAUAACAUUAGAGUGUUCCUUCAAUGUAAUCUACAAUGUAUCCAAAGUAAUUAUUUCCUCAAAAGCUAUUAUUUUCAUAAAUCUGAUGUCCAGUCUAUCCUCUCCAAAUCCUGGGAAGGACUGAAGUUAGCAGAAUGCAGUUGGUUAUAUAGAGAGUUCUCAGUGCAUGACAUUUAAAGAGGCUCAAAUUGUUAUGUGAGCUCAGCCAUGUAUGUAAAAUGUACCGGAAUAUGCCUAAAAUGUUAACCCUUUUUCUGUUAGAGGCCAUGCGUGAUAUCCUGUAAAUGCUAGCUUCUUAGUCCAGGGUGUGGACGGUUUAACCAUGCCUGCUCCCUCAUUGCAGUUAAAGAGAUAUCAAGGUUUUUCAGAGCCUUGCCGAGUGCCUUUCUACCCAAAGAGGGCACCAUACCUUCACAGAACGACAUUAAACAUGUUUGUACAAUC